AGAUUGAUUAAACCGAAAUAGCUAUGACGAUUUGAUUUUCAUUAUGUUUAGGCCUUUGCACAAAUUGAAGGUGAAAUGCAAUUUUAAAUCUGUUUUUAUUUUGAUGUUAUAAUUUAAUAAAAUAACCAUGUUGUUAUGUCUCACUUUAAAGAUCUGAAUCCACAAAGGAUCACCAUGUGGCUGUCAUUGGCUUGAUGUGGACCAGGAAAGGAUCUUCACCUUCUAUGCUGCACUGUCCUUCAGAGACCCAAGCAGAUCUGUCAAUCUAAUCCCUUUCUAUGGAUUAUGGACCUGGCGAAGUGAAACCCCAGAUUUGGGUCUUUGGCUAAUACUGCCUGAUAGCAGUUUCCAGAACAAAUGGCUUGUAUUGAAAAGCAGUCAUGAAAUUUGGCACUGUAAGGUGCCUGUACACAGGAUAUGAAUGUGCCUUGCCUCUGGACUGAGGACAUAGCGAAUCUUGGUGGAGUAGCUGGCGAGCCAAAGGGCUCCAAAUAUUUGAUGCAGUCGGACAACCCGUUCAGCAAGAAACUCCAAGCGUUAAAGGGGUCCAUGGGACCUCCAAACGCCAACGUGCAGGGAACGCCGGCCAUGCCCAAGAUGGGCGUCCGGGCGAGGGUGUCAGACUGGCCCCAGCGAAAAGACGGCUGGGAGUCACAGCCUCCGCCCCGCUAUGACAGCCUGGUGCCGACCUUCCAGAAUGGACCAUCAAAACUUACCACAGAGGCCAUCCUCCAAAAUAGCCAGGAGUUGCUCAAUGCCGAGUUCCCAGAGACCAGGUAUCCGCUGUGCGACCUCCUGAGCCACUCCCCCAUGAAGGGCUUCCCCGGGAUCAAGAGGAGCAACAGCGAGGUCACCAUUAGCGACAUCUGCGCCGAGGACUUGGAUCACACCACCAUCAACCCCAACACUGGAGCCACCUUGCGCCGUGAGUAUGGGAGCACGUCCUCUCUCGACAAGCAGGGUCUUUCCGGAUCCAGCGAAGGCUUUGUGGGAAACCUGAGAGGCUACCAUGUGGAGGACCGCUCAGACCAACCCAGUGCGCCUCCUCCACAGAGUUUCCCGGAGCUGCUGCGUCUCAACACCACCCUGUCACCCAGCCUACAGACGGCCGCCCAGAUUGCGCGAGGCGACAUUGUCUGCAUCCCGGGCUACGACUAUGUGGACAGCUCCCUGCUCUACAGCCGUGAGCGGGAGAGGUCCUUCAUCCAACGCAUGAAGGCGGAGAAGGCCGAUACCUCCAUCUUCCGGAGGCUGCGGAACGUGAAGAGCGAGGGCGAGUACCUGGACCAGGAGGACGGAGGGCGCUUCGGAAGGCCCCUGAGCUUCCAGAAGUGCUUCGCCCACUACGAUGUGCAGAGCGUCCUCUUCAACAUCAGCGAGGCGGUGGCCAACCGUGCCGACCUGGGUCGCAGGAAGAACACUACCACAGGGGCGUCGGCCGCCUCUCAGUGCCAGGCCCUGGCUUCUGGGUUGGGAGACAGUGCCACGCACAUGCCCAUCUGUGAGUCGCCCGAAGGCAGCUGCGAGGAGCUGGGCCACAAGGCCAGCAUGGACACAGAUGAGGGGGAUGGGAAGAGCAAUACCCUGGUGCUCAGCUGCCCGUACUUCCGUAACGAGACCGGUGGCGAGGGCGAGAGGAAAGUGGCCCUGAGCAAAGCCAGCAGCGCCAGCUAUGGGAGCGGAGACUAUGCUCCUAACUAUGGGGGUGGAGGACAAGGCUACUCAGUGGAAUCAUCGCUCAGCACCCGGUGCACCAAUGCAGGAGUGUCGGUGCUCGAGGUGCCAAGGGAGAGCCAGGCCUUCCACAGGGACAUGUACAAGCGCUACAUAAUCGAACACAUCGACCAGGGGGCCUACUACUACCACAAGUACUUUUACAAUAAAGGUAAGAGAGGCAUUGACUACCUACCUAAUACUAAAUUGUUUCCUUACUAUAAAGUACUCUAGCAACUUAAAGAGAGCGACAGUUUUUCAUGUUCAUUUGCCAUGUGCUUUGUUGUUUACAAAUGGACAAUGUUAGCAGACACCAUUGAAUCUGGUCAUGUGUAGCUAAAUGUGAGCAUUGCUGAAAAUCUAUGACCUGCUCAUUGAAUUAUGAAAUAAUUUACAUAAGUAUUCAGACCCUUUACUCAGUACUUUGUUGAAGCACUUUUUGGCAGCGAUUACAUCAUCGAGUCCUUGGCACACCUGUAUUUGGGGAGUUACUCCCAUUAUUCCCUGCAGAUCAUCUCAAGUUCUCUCAGGUUGGAUGGGGAGCGUUGCUGCACAGCUAUUUUCAGGUCUCUCCAGAGAUGUUCGAUCGGGUUCAAGUCUGGGCUCUGGCUGGGCCACUCAAGGACAUUCAGAGACUUGUCCCAAAGCCACUCCUGCGUUGUCUUGGCUGUGUGCUUAGGGUCGUUGUCCUGUUUGAAGGGGAACCUUCGCCCCAGUCUGAGGUCUUGAGUGCUCUGGAGCAGGUUUUCAUCAAGGAUCUCUCUAUACUUUGCUCCGUUCAUCUUUCCCUCGAUCCUGUCUAGUCUCGCAUUCCCUGCCGCUGAAAAACAUCCCCACAGAAUGAUGGCCACCACCAUGCUUCACCGUAGGGAUGGUUCCAGGUUUCCUCCAGACGUGACGCUUGGCAUUCAGGCCAAAUAGUUCAAUCUUGGUUUUAUCAGAACAGAGAAUCUUCUUUCUCAUGGUCUUGAGAGUCCUUUAGGUGCCUUUUUGGUAAACUCCAAGCGGGCUGUUAUGUGCCUUUUACUGAGGAGUGGCUUCCGUCUGGCCACUCUCCCAUAAAGGCCUGAUUUGGUGAGUGCUGCAGAGAUGGUUGUCCUUCUGGAAGGUUCUUCCCUCUCCACAGAGCAACUCUGGAGCUCUGUCAAAGUGACCAGCGGGUUCUAGGUCACCUCCCUGACCAAGGCCCUUCUCCCCCGAUUGCUCAGUUUGGCCAGGCGGCCAGCUCUUGGAAGAGUCUUGGUGGUUCCAAACUUCUUCCAUUUAAGAAUGAUGGAGGCCACUGUGUUCUUGGGGACCUUCAAUGCUGCAGAAAUGCUUUGGUACCCUUCCCCAGAUCUGUGCCUCGACACAAUCCUGUCUCGGAGCUCUAUGGACAAUUCUUUCGACCUCAUGGCUUGGUUUUUGCUCUGACAUGCACUGUCAACUGUGGGACCUUUAUAUAGACAGGUGUGUGCCUUUCCAAAUCAUGUCCAAUCAGUAGAAUUUACCACAGGUGGACUCCAAGUUGUAGAAACAUCUCAAAGAUGAUCAAUGGAAACAGGAUACACCUGAGCUCAAUUUCGUAUCUCAUAGCAAAGGGGCUGAAUACUCAUGUAAAUAAGGUAUUUCUGUUAGAAAUGUUUAAUGAAUUUGCAAACAUUUCUUUAAACCUGUUUUCGCUUUGUUAAUAUGGUGUAUUUUGUGUAGAAUGAUAAGGAUUUUUUUUUUUUUAAAUCAAUUUUAGAAUAAGGCUGUAACAAAAUGUGGAAAAGUACAAGGGUCUGAAUAUUUUCUGAAGGCACUGUGUAUAUAUAGUGUACUUUAAGAUGACUAAAACUAAAUAGCAACUGUGUAGAAAUGUUAAUGGACCUACAUUUACACAGUUUCUUGACUGUGUCCAGCUCGGUAAUGAUCAUACAAAUAAAAUCGAGACAGUCAGGGAGUAUCGAACAUUUCAGGAAAACUUGCCAAUUUUGACACGAGGAAAUAGAACACAUUUUCAGUGCGGCACGCCAGACCUAAUUAAAGUCAGAAUGUGGCCCCCGGUGAAAAAUUCAUUUGACACCCCUGGUCUAGGAAGUGAUGAAAAACAGUCGCCCUCCCUCUCACCUUUUAAUACUUUCUGCUUUCCACUUAUGUUUGUUAUAUGCUGCAUCCUAGGGAUGUAUUUAAUGAAACACGUAUUGCAGUUAAUGGAACUACAAAGACUAUGGUUUUUCUGCAGUGCAGGUUUUGGGCUGUGCUGGUUUCAGUCCGUGCAGGGUUUUAUUGAAGUGAGCCUGUAGUUACAUGUCUUUUGCAACCCUACAAGGUCAUAUGCCUACAUGUCAAUUAAUCAGUAAAGGGAGCGUUACUACAUGAAAAUGUAUCCGUCUACUCAUUGAUUAAUUGAUACACUAGGUCUAGGCAUAUCUCUUUAUGGGUUAGCAUUGUCAGUGGGUCCAUCUAUUUGGUGAAUUUGAUAAAUUUUUCUGGAUUUGCUAAUGUUAUAAUCUAUGAUGUGUAGGCCCUAUUCAUGGAGUUUAAGGAAUGCAAAGGAUUGUCCAAUCAUGUUAAGUUGAACUGGUUUGUUGCAUGUCUGUUUUUACCUUUGACCUGUAAGCCAGAGUGCCUAAACCACAUUUUAAUUUUCAUGUGAAUUGAAUGGAAAACCAAGAUUUCGUAUGUUAUCAUAAUCCAAACCACAGCUAGCGUUUGUUGUACUGUCAUUUACCAUUUACCCUCAGAUCACCAGAACUACUUCGGCACAGAUGAAAACUUGGGCCCCGUGGCGGUCAGUAUCCGCCGGGAAAAGCUGGAUGAGGGAAAGGAGGGAGCACAGUACAACUACCGGGUCACCUUCCGGACCAGCGAGGUAAAUAAUCAAAAAGGGUAUAUGUCGCUUAAGGCUGAGGGUGUCCUAAAAUGUAUGCUUUACACAGGUUCUUACUGUGUACUCUCACGUUGCUGACCAUACAGCAGGCAAAAUGAAUUCUGAAGUGGUAGAAUAUUGUCAUACCUUCAUACAUAAUGAAUAAUCAAUUAAUUAUAUCACAACAAAUGGUGUGAAAUAGAAAAUACCUCUAGAUUGAAUUCAAACUAAACCAAGUGCUUCCUCAACUCUGUAGAUAAUCGUAACAUAACCAAAAGGUACAUCUGUUCUGAGAUGAUACACAGUGGACUAGAUAAGCAGACAUUUUGUAUUAGCAUACCAAGGAGACAUUAAACUACUUUUAAUCCGGCAAGUUAAUGGAAGUUAAGCUCUUAAAGGGAAAGUUUGAUCCCACGGUAUGUUAGUUCUCUCAUGAGAUACUGUAAGUGGGGAGUUCGUGGUUGCACUUCUUAUGACACGCUAAUGCUAAUCUAUUUAGUUUUACUAAAAGCUAAUUCCCUAUGCAACUUAAACUUCUCUCUCCCAGUUCACUGGGUUAACUGCGUGCAGCAGGAAAUUGAAGCUCUUUGGGGUGGCACUCUCUUUUCUUCACUAGUAUCCUAGUUUACUAUUCCAUAUAUCACCCACGUUUCUUAUAUAUUACAGAAAUGUGUCUUUUACGUUGUCUUCUUGAUGUAGUUGACUUUAUAUUAUUCAUAAUUUGUAUGCAUUUUCCAUUACAAAAACAGAAUACUUCUUUAAUAACAACAUCAUAGCUACAUUACUUAAGACAGCCCAACACUUCGAUGAUUCCCACUCACUUAAUGUGUUAAAAACAUUAUUUUGGAUCAUGUUGCUCUUGAAACAUGGGUGCAGAAAAGAUUCUGCCAUCCGCACAAAAUUUGGGAACCCUUUAUAACAACUUUCAUGAAUGAGCCUUUAUAAAUGCUUACACUUUAUUAAUAACUUUCAAUGUUGUAAUUAAAUGCUUAUGAAUUGUAAUGAUUGUAAUGCCUAUAAGUGCUUAAUUCUUAAGUCUAAGCCAUUCGUGGACUUCUAAGCUGACAUAUGGAAUUGUUUUAAGGUCAUACAAUGGAUUAUCCUUUACUACUCUAGCCCAUAGAAACGCAUUGAAUUACACAUUCAUAAAUGGCAAAAAAGACAAUAAAAUGUUUUAUCAUAAGGAAUAAGGUUUUGAAGUGUCUGUCCUUUAUCUCGUUUUUUUUACUCAUUUGCCACAAAACUACCUCCAUACUUCCAUUAAUUUGUAUGGGUUACAUUUAGACGAGUCCCGUGACAUGUGUGAGGGUCGUAGAGCCAAAUGGAGAACACCAUUGUGUUUGUUAGUCUCCCCUUUCUACAGUGGGGUCAUAUUAGUUUGUAGCCCAAACGGUUCGGACACUACAGACAAACGUUGGUACAUCAACGUUACCGACUUCAGACAAGUCCAGAGACAAACUGUUUCGGAUGCUACAGACGUUUUCAUGAGAAGACCGAUUUUUCGCGAUGUCUCCUGGUCUGACGCUGUAGCUCUGUCACUUUCCACCGCAGAUGUGGAAGGGUGACGUAGGCGAUGCAGUGGAUUGAGACGCAGCCCAUGCAAAAAUAUACUAAUCUCUAUCUUAAACUGACGGAUUGUGAUGGGGAUGCACCGGUGCAUCAAUAGACUCUAGCGGGUUAUUUAUAAUUUAUACUUAUUUAUAAUUUUCAACUUUAUUCAUGAAUGUUGUUAUAAAUUGUUACUCAAAAUUCAACUCAACCGUCAAGACUAGACACCGAGCUAACCUCCAGCCUCUCUCUCUGUCCUCCCCAGCUCACCACUCUCCGAGGGGCCAUCCUGGAGGACGCCGUGCCCUCCACCGCCAAGCAUGGCAUGGCCAGGGGCCUACCACUGAAGGAGGUGCUGGAGUAUGUGGUCCCAGAGCUGAACAUCCAGUGUCUCAGGCUGGCCACCAGCUCGCCCAAGGUCCCUGAGCAGCUCCUCAAGCUGGACCAACAGGGGGUGAGUGAUCAUAGUCGCUAGUGAAAGUCUCCGCGCCCCUUGCUGUCUUCACAUUUUGCUGGCAUAAAAUAUAAUCUAAAAGGUAAUAAACCUACUCCACAUUUUCAAAAUUAAAAUAUAUAUAUUUUCACCGGUAGUGUGUGUGUAUGUAUGUAUGUCUAUAUACUGGCCGUGAUUGGUAGUCCCAUAGGGCGGCGCACAAUUGGCCCAGCGUCGUCCGGGUUUGGCCGGUAUAGGCCGUCAUUGUAAAUAAGAAUUUGUUCUUAACUGACUUGCCUAGUUAAAUAAAGGUUGAAAAAAAACACAUUUUACAUGUUUGUCAUUUAGCAGACGCUCUUAUCCAGAGCGACUUACAGUUAGAGUGCAUACAUUUUCAUACUGGUCCCCCGUGGGAAUCGAACCCACAACCCUGGCGUUGCAAGCGCCAUGCUCUACCAACUGAGCUACACAGGACUACAUACACACACAAUUUCCAAACGCCUGAAGGUACCACGUUCAUCUGUACAAACAAUAGCACGCAAGUAUAAACACCAUGGGACCACGCAGCCGUCAUACCGCUCAGGAAGGAGACCCGUUCUGUCUCCUAGAGAUGAACGUACUUUGGUGCGAAAGGUGCAAAUCAAUCCCAGAACAACAGCAAAGGACCUUGUGAAGAUGCUGGAGGAAACAGGUACAAAAGUAUCUAUAUCCACAGUAAAAUGAGUCCUAUAUUGACAUAAUCUGAAAGGCCGCUCAGCAAGGAAGAAGCCACUGCUCCAAAACCGCAAUAAAAAAGCCAGACUACGGUUUGCAACUGCACAUGGGGACAAAGAUCGUACUUUUUGAAGAAAUGUCCUCUGGUCUGAUGAAACACAAAUAGAACUGUUUGGCCAUAAUGACCAUCGUUGUCUUUGGAGGAAAAAGGGGGUGCUUGCAAGACGAAGAACACCAUCCCAACCGUGAAGCACGGGGGUGGCAGCAUCAUGCUGUGGGGGUGCUUUGCUGCAGGAGGGGCUGGUGCACUUCACAAAAUAGAUGGCAUCAUGAGGAAGGAAAAUUAUGUGGAUAUAUUGAAGCAACAUCUCAAGACAUCAGUCAGGAAGUUAAAGCUUGGUCGCAAAUGGGUCUUCCAAAUGGACAAUGACCCCAAGCAUACUUCCAAAGUUUUGCCAAAAUGUCUUAAGUACAACAAAGUCAAGGUAUUGGAGUGGCCAUCACAAAGCCCUGACCUCAGUCCUAUAGAAAAUACGAGCAAGGAGGCCUACAAACCUGACUCAGUUACACCAGCUCUGUCAGGAGGAAUGGGCCAAAAUUCACCCAACUAAUUGUGGGAAGAUUGUGGAAGGCUACCCGAAACGUUUGACCCAAGUUAAACAAUUUAAAGGCCAUGCUACCAAAUACUAAUUGAGUGUGUGUGAACUUCUGACCCACUGGGAAUGUGAUGAAGGAAAGAAAAGCUGAAAUAAAUAAUUCUCUCUACUAAUAUUCUGACAUUUCACAUUCUUAAAAUAAAGUGGUGAUCCUAACUGACCUAAGACAGAGAAUUCUUACUAGGAUUAAAUGUCAGGAAUUGUGAAAAACUGAGUUUAAAAUGUAUUUGGUUAAGGUGUAUGUAAACUUCCGACUUCAACUGUAUGUGUUUAUCUUGUUGUUGGGUUAUUACACAAAUGUUUGGUGAUCGACUAGGAAUGCCUUGGAGAUUGACCAGUCGAUCGUGAUUGACCGGUUGGUGGCCACUGGUCUAAAAGAAACAAAUAGUUUCUUAGCAAAGAGCAAUUUCUCAAGCAAUAAUUUUGCUAGGACUGUCUGGGAGUGGUCUGAGUGAGGAGGAGUAAACUGAAAACUAGAUGUUAUUGGCACAGAGGUUUGGAAAUCUCUUUUUGGUCUAUUAACUCAUUUACUGCCUGGUGAUGUAACCAGGCAGGCCAAAACUCCAACCCACAAAAACCUUCAGACAUUUCUGGCGGUCCUUUCACAUAGCUCAUACACUAAAAGGGCAUGAUCAUUGUCACAAUUUCACAGUAUUAUUCCAACCUCCAAAAAAACACAGGAUUUUGACUGCAUUGGGCCUUUUAAUGUGACUCGUAAAUGACUAAGGUAUUUGUAUUGCAAUAGAGCGCACAAUAUGACACAUCCUACUACAAUCACGUAUGUUAUACAGUGGGGGAAAAAAGUAUUUAGUCAGCCACCAAUUGUGCAAGUUCUCCCACUUAAAAAGAUUAGAGAGGCCUGUAAAUUUCAUCAUAGGUACACGUCAACUAUGACAGACAAAUUGAGGAAAACAAAUCCAGACAAUCACAUUGUAGGAUUUUUAAUGAAUUUAUUUGCAAAUUAUGGUGGAAAAUAAGUAUUUGGUCACCUACAAACAAGCAAGAUUUCUGGCUCUCACAGACCUGUAACUUCUUCUUUGAGAGGCUCCUCUGUCCUCCACUCGUUACCUGUAUUAAUGGCACCUGUUUGAACUUGUUAUCAGUAUAAAAGACACCUGUCCACAACCUCAAACAGUCACACUCCAAACUCCACUAUGUCCAAGACCAAAGAGCUGUCAAAGGACACCAGAAACAAAAUUGUAGACCGGCACCAGGCUGGGAAGACUGAAUCUGCAAUAAGUAAGCAGCUUGGUUUGAAGAAAUCAACUGUGGGAGCAAUUAUUAGGAAAUGGAAGACAUACAAGACCACUGAUAAUCUCCCUUGAUCUGGGGCUCCACGCAAGAUCUCACCCCGUGGGGUCAAAAUGAUCACAAGAACGGUGAGCAAAAAUCCCAGAACCACACGGGGGGACCUAGUGAAUGACCUGCAGAGAGCUGGGACCAAAGUAACAAAGCCUACCAUCAGUAACACACUACGCCGCCAGGGACUCAAAUCCUGCAGUGCCAGACGUGUCCCCCUGCUUAAGCCAGUACAUGUCCAGGCCCGUCUGAAGUUUGCUAGAGUGCAUUUGGAUGAUCCAGAAGAGGAUUGGGAGAAUGUCAGAUGAAACCAAAAUAGAACUUUUUGUUAAAAACUCAACUCGUCGUGUUUGGAGGACAACGAAUGCUGAGUUGCAUCCAAAGAACACCAUACCUACUGGGAAGAAUGGGGGUGGCAACAUCAUGCUUUGGGGCUGUUUUUCUGCAAAGGGACCAGGACGACUGAUCCAUGUAAAGGAAAGAAUGAAUGGGGCCAUGUAUCGUGAGAUUUUGAGUGAAAACCUCCUUCCAUCAGCAAGGGCAUUGAAGAUGAAACGUGGCUGGGUCUUUCAGCAUGACAAUGAUCCCAAACACACCGCCCGGGCAACGAAGGAGUGGCUUCGUAAGAAGCAUUUCAAGGUCCUGGAGUGGCCUAGCCAGUCUCCAGAUCUCAACCCCAUAGAAGGGAGUUGAAAGUCCGUGUUGCCCAGCGACAGCCCCAAAACAUCGCUGCUCUAGAGGAGAUCUGCAUGGAGGAAUGGGCCAAAAUACCAGCAACAGUGUGUGAAAACCUUGUGAAGACUUACAGAAAACGUUUGACCUGUGUCAUUGCCAACAAAGGGUAUAUAACAAAGUAUUGAGAAACUUUUGUUAUUGACCAAAUAAUUAUUUUCCACCAUAAUUUGCAAAUAAAAUCCUACAAUGUGAUUUUCUGUUUAUUUUUCCUCAUUUUGUCUGUCAUAGUUGACAUGUACCAUCUUUUUAAGUGGGAGAACUUGCACAAUUGGUGGCUGACUAAAAACUUUUUUUUCCCCACUGUACGUCACUGUUGUCACAAGUAAGUAUUUCCGCUUACAACAAGGGAUUACACUGCAGAUUUUGAUUGCUUUACUCUAUUCAGCAAAAACCCAGAUUUGUAGUUUGCUGUUUUCGAGUCCUUAUCAUCAAUCAAGCUCUUAUGGAUUUAGCAUACUGCCUUUCGGGCUAUGUCUGGCACAGCGGGAAACCAGGAAAUGGUAGAAAUACGCAACUCACCACUCAGUCAGAGGCUAGACUUUAAUGACAUUUAUUUUCCCCAUUUGACUGCCAUGCAAAGAAAUCAUAUUGCCACCGUCUGAGGGGCUUUUCCCAUUCUAGUAAUUAUAUUUCUAUGCUUCCAUGUCUCCGAUAUCUAGUAUCAAUAUCGUGGAAUAUUCACUCAACUCUGGACAGGGGAAAAACAAUAAGCGGUAUUGCCAUGUAACUGGAUUUCUGGGUAACCCGAGACGUGCAUCGAGACAGAUCGAUCCCUAAAGCAUGUAACAGCAGGGGGAGAAAUGGCAUCGGGGUGCAAUAACGGAGAAUUGAUAAGAUCAAGUUUCAUACAAGCCUCUUUCAUUUGGGGAGCAUGACGGGUGGUUUGUAAAUCUAUUGGAGAGCAAAGCUGGCAAGAGAUGAGGAGGGGGAAUCUUGACCUCAAGGAAUGUCUAGGGGUCACAUCUCUUACUCCUCAAUUCGAUUAAGUUCAAUUCCAUGUUCCUUAAUUCAGUGAAGUUUAAGUACAUUACAUUUCAUUGAUGUGAUAUUCAUAAUAUCAUAAUGAGCUUUCACCGGUUAUAUCUCCUGCAAGUAGGACUGGAAUGCUAUUAUUGUUUUAACUACUCGGUAAGCAACCGUGGAGCUACGUAGUGAAGACAACCAUCAAUGGCAGUCUAACUUCGCUUUACCAGCAGUACUUCCCCCAUCCCCCUCAAGUGUGAAUCAUUUACUAAUCCAAAACAAUAUGGCCUUGCCUCCCACUGAAUUUUUGCAGUGUUGCCACGACAACUGCCGUGGCGGCACCACGAGGCGAGCCCCUUUAUUUCCUUUGUUAGGAGUGUUGGAAAGAGACCAGCCAAGCAAAUUGAGACUUUUCUCGAUUUAAUACAUUUUUCUUUUGACCGCUCGUCUCAUGUUGCCUAGCUGUCAGCAGUGGGCUCUCCCACUGUCUUGUUAUGAGGACCUUCUUUGAGUUUCGCAAGGGUCUGCUGAUCCUGGUCUCGCGCACACACACACAGCCUCCCCACACACACACACACACACACACACACACAACCUCCCCAAUCCUCCCCCACACACAAAAAAACCUUUACAUCCUAUAGCAUUUCUAAGAUUAAUAAAUUAUUCAGGACCAACAGUUAGGUGUUGUCUGAGGGCCACUCACACUGUAAUUACUUCCUCUUUUGUGUGUCCAGUCCUCUGUUCAGAUUGAUAGCGCACUUAGCGCUAGCUAUCUCAGCACCAGGUGUCAGGUAAUAGGUAUUGAUAGCAGGAGAUUAAAUGCACUGAGCUGGUAAAACGCUUGGUUUAUUCCUCCCUCCCUGAGUGCUUACAGGGGCGUUUCAGUCUAAUUUGACACAGUAUACCGGCGCCAGCAACCGUCUCUGACUCUACAGAGCAUUUCAAUCGAGUGUAGAUAAGGAGGAAUGCAUUGUUGAAUACUGUAUGUCCCAUCUCAGUGUUGCGCUGAAAUAAUGUCUUAUGAAAAAUUGCACCUGCUAUAAUUUGGUAAUGAGCCCAAACAUUUUGAGAAAUGUUUCAGAAGCGUUAUGCCAGGUAUCUUAUAUGAUCUGAAUUGAGAUAAAAAAAAAUAUGUAUUUAUUAUCGUAUAAUAAACAGACAUUAGGUAGACAUAGGCAGGUCAUAACCGCAGGUUAUAACCCACCUCUAUAUUACAAGGUUCUUCCACCCAUUAGCAUGGCAUAAACAGAUAUUGGGCAGACAUUGGCAUGUCAUAACCCCACUUCUAUUGUUCUUUGUGGUUCCAGUUGAGCUUCCAGCACAAGGUGGGCAUUAUGUACUGCCAGGCGGGCCAGAGCACCGAAGAGGAGAUGUACAACAAUGAGAGUGCUAGCCCCGCCCUGGAGGAGUUCAUGGAGCUGCUGGGCCAGAAGGUCAGGCUGAAGGGCUUCACCAAGUACCGGGCCCAGCUGGACAACAAAAGUAAGAGUCCACGACUCAACACACACAUCAUUUGUUUAUAUAUUUUAUUAUCAUUUGAUUUAUCAUCUGAUCAGGGCCCAGCUGGACACAUACAGUACAUCACCUUGUACAGAAAAGAAGAAUAAUGCAGUUUUGAAUUAUUUAUCUUUUGAUAGGAGCAAACUUGGAAGUUGGUCCUUUUCUGUGUUAGAAAAAAUUUGGUAGAUUGCACAAAACAAUAAAAAUAAAAAAAAGUCAAUUUCUCUCUGUGCACUGAAAAAUGCUUCAAAUGGCAUUACAUGGCCAGGAUUUUUUUUUGAACGGUGCAAACUUAAUACGAUUUAAAAAAGAAAGGAUACACAUAAGUGCCUUGGAGUUUUUUUGUAAUGCAGCAAAGGACUACCUUCCAAGUUUGUUCCUAUCAGUCAAUACCUGUUUCCAAAGAGAACUGUUCCGCCACACCCAAACCCACACAGCUCCUACACUUUGUUUCUCUUUCGCUUUGAAAGUUUGGAGUAUGUGAAACAAGUCAUAAUUUAAUAUAAAAACCGAGCCACUGUAUAUGGAGAAAUGCCCAAGGUCUAUGGAGGUACUGUAUGAGUUUGGCCAACUUCAGAUCUGUUGUUGCCUUCUGCUUAAUGCUGGCAACACCUGAGUUAUGGGACUGAUUCCCACAUGGGCCAUAUAUCCAUACAUACAGUGGGGAGAACAAGUAUUUGAUACACUGCCGAUUUUGCAGAUUUUCCUACUUACAAAGCAUGUAGAGGUCUGUAAUUUUUAUCAUAGUUACACUUCAACUGUGAGAGACGGAAUCUAAAACAAAAAUCCAGAAAAUCACAUUGUAUGAUUUUUAAGUAAUUAAUUUGCAUUUUAUUGCAUGACAUAAGUAUUUGAUACAUCAGAAAAGCAGAACUUAAUAUUUGGUACAGAAACCUUUGUUUGCAAUUACAGAGAUCAUACGUUUCCUGUAGGUCUUGACCAGGUUUGCACACACUGCAGCAGGGAUUUUGGCCCACUCCUCCAUACAGACCUUCUCCAGAUCCUUCAGGUUUCGGGGCUGUCGCUGGGCAAUACGGACUUUCAGCUCCCUCCAAAGAUGUUCUAUUGGGUUCAGGUCUGGAGACUGGCUAGGCCACUCCAGGACCUUGACAUGCUUCUUACGGAGCCACUCCUUAGUUGCCCUGGCUGUGUGUUUCGGGUCGUUGUCAUGCUGGAAGACCCAGCCACGACCCAUCUUCAAUGCUCUUACUGAGGGAAGGAGGUUGUUGGCAUAGAUCUCGUGAUACAUGGCCCCAUCCAUCCUCCCCUCAAUACGGUGCAGUCGUUCUGUCCCCUUUGCAGAAAAGCAUCACCAAAGAAUGAUGUUUCCACCUCCAUGCUUCACGGUUGGGAUGGUGUUCUUGGGGUUGUACUCAUCCUUCUUCCUCCAAACACGGCGAGUGGAGUUUAGAACAAAAAGCUCUAUUUUUGUCUCAUCCGACCACAUGACCUUUUCCCAUUCCUCCUCUGGAUCAUCCAGAUGGUCAUUGGCAAACUUCAGACGGGCCUGGACAUGCGCUGGCUUGAUCAGGGGACCUUGCGUGCGCUGCAGGAUUUUAGUAAAUGACGGCGUAGUGUGUUACUAAUGGUUUUCUUUGAGACUGUGGUCCCAGCUCUCUUCAGGUCAUUGACCAGGUCCUGCCGUGUAGUUCUGGGCUGAUCCCUCACCUUCCUCAUGAUCAUUGAUGCCCCACGAGGUGAGAUCUUGCAUGGAGCCCCAGACCGAGGGUGAUUGACCGUCAUCUUGAACUUCUUCCAUUUUCUAAUAAUUGCGCCAACAGUUGUUGCCUUCUCACCAAGCUAUUUGCUGUCCUGUAGCCCAUCCCAGCCUUGUGCAGGUCUACAAUUUUAUCCCUGAUGUCCUUACACAGCUCUCUGGUCUUGGCAAUUGUGGAGAGGUUGGAGUCUGUUUGAUUGAGUGUGUGGACAGGUGUCUUUUAUACAGGUAACGAGUUCAAACAGGUGCAGUUAAUACAGGUAAUGAGUGGAGAACAGGAGGGCUUCUUAAAGAAUAACUAACAGGUCUGUGAGAGCCAGAAUUCUUACUGGUUGGUAGGUGAUCAAAUACUUAUGUCAUGCAAUAAAAUGCAAAUUAAUUACUUAAAAAUGAUACAAUGUGAUUUUCUGGAUUUUUGUUUUAGAUUCCGUCUCUCACAGUUGAAGUGUACCUAUGAUAAAAAUUACAGACCUCUACAUGCUUUGUAAGUAGGAAAACCUGCAAAAUCGGCAGUGUAUCAAAUACUUGUUCUCCCCACUGUAUAUACAGACAGGCAAAAAUUUCAAAGAUUUUACUGAGUUACAGUUCAUAUAAAGAAAUCAGUCAAUUGAAAUAAAUUCAUUAGUCCCUAAUCUAUGGAUUUCACAUGACUGGGCAGGGGUGCAGCCAUGGGUGGGCAUAGGCCCACCCACUGGGCAGCCAGGCCCAGCCAGAUGAUCCCGCAGGUGAAGAAGCCGGAUGUGGAGGUCCUGGCCUGGCGUGGUUUCACGUGGUCUGCGGUUGUGAGGCCUGUUGAACGUACUGCCAAAUUCUCUAAAACGACUUUGGAGGCAGUUUAUGGUAGUGAAAUGAACAUUCAAUUAUCUGGCAACAGCUCUGGUGGACAUUCCUGCAGUCAACAUGCCAAUUGCACGCUCCCUCAAAACUUGAGACAUCUGUGGCGUUGUGUGACAAAACUGCACAUUUUAGAGUGACCUUUUAUUGUCCCCAGUAUAAGCUGCACCUGUGUAAUUAUCAUGCUGUUUAAUCAGCUCCUUGAUAUGCCACACCUGUCAGGUGGAUGGAUUAUUUUGGCAAAGGAGAAAUGCUCACUAACAGGGAUAUAAACAAAUUUGUCCACAACAUUUGAGAGAAAUAAGCUUUUUGUGCGUUUGGAAAAUGUCUGGGAUUUUUUGUUUCAGCUCAUGUAAAGUGUUGGUCCCAUGUUUCAUGUUGCAUUUACAUUUUUGUUCAGUGUAUAUUAAUAUAGAUACAGUGGGGGGAAAAAGUAUUUAGUCAGCCACCAAUUGUGCAAGUUCUCCCCCUUAAAAAGAUGAGAGAGGCCUGUAAUUUCCAUCAUAGGUACACGUCAACUAUGACAGACAAAAUGAGAAAAAAACAUCCAGAAAAUCACAUUGUAGGAUUUUUAAUGAAUUUAUUUGCAAAUUAUGGUGGAAAAUAAGUAUUUGGUCACCUACAAACAAGCAAGAUUUCUGGCUCUCACAGACCUGUAACUUCUUCUUUAAGAGGCUCCUCUGUCCUCCACUCGUUACCUGUAAUAAUGGCACCUGUUUGAACUUGUUAUCCGUAUAAAAGACACCUGUCCACAACCUCAAACAGUCACACUCCAAACUCCACUAUGGCCAAGACCAAAGAGCUGUCAAAGGACACCAGAAACAAAAUUGUAGACCUGCACCAGGCUGGGAAGACUGAAUCUGCAAUAGGUAAGCAGCUUGGUUUGAAGAAAUCAACUGUGGGAGCAAUUAUUAGGAAAUGGAAGACAUACAAGACCACUGAUAAUCUCCCUCGAUCUGGGGCUCCACACAAGAUCUCACCCCGUAGGGUCAAAAUGAUCACAAGAACGGUGAGCAAAAAUCCCAGAACCACAUGGGGGGACCUAGUGAAUGACCUGCAGAGAGCUGGGACCAAAGUAACAAAGCCUACCAUCAGUAACACACUACGCCGCCAGGGAUUCAAAUCCUGCAGUGCCAGACGUGUCCCCCUGCUUAAGCCAGUACAUGUCCAGGCCAGUCUGAGGUUUGCUAGAGUGCAUUUGGAUGAUCCAGAAGAGGAUUGGGAGAAUGUCAUAUGGUCAGAUGAAACCAAAAUAUAACUUUUUGGUAAAAACUCAACUCGUCGUGUUUGGAGGACAAAGAAUGCUGAGUUGCAUCCAAAGAACACCAUACCUACUGUCAAGCAUGGGGGUGGAAACAUCAUGCUUUGGGGCUGUUUUUCUGCAAAGGGACCAGGACGACUGAUCCGUGUAAAGGAAAGAAUGAAUGGAGCCAUGUAUCGUGAGAUUUUGAGUGAAAACCUCCUUCCAUCAGCAAGGGCAUUGAAGAUGAAACGUGGCUGGGUCUUUCAGCAUGACAAUGAUCCCAAACACACCGCCCGGGCAAUGAAGGAGUGGCUUCGUAAGAAGCAUUUCAAGGUCCUGGAGUGGCCUAGCCAGUCUCCAGAUCUCAACCCCAUAGAAAAUCUUUGGAGGGAGUUGAAAGUCUGUGUUGCCCAGCGACAGCCCCAAAACAUCACUGCUCUAGAGGAGAUCUGCAUGGAGGAAUGGGCCAAAAUACCAGCAACAGUGUGUGAAAAUCUUUUGAAGACUUACAGAAAACAUUUGACCUGUGUCAUUGCCAACAAAGGGUAUAUAACAAAGUAUUGAGAAACUUUUGUUAUUGACCAAAUACUUAUUUUCCACCAUAAUUUGCAAAUAGAUUCAUUAAAAAUCCUACAAUGUGAUUUUCUGGAUUUGUUUUCUCAUUUUGUCUGUCAUAGUUGACGUGUACCUAUGAUGAAAAUUACAGGCCUCUCUCAUCUUUUUAAGUGGGAGAACUUGCACAAUUGGUGGCUGACUAAAUACUUUUUCCCCCACUGUAUAUAGAGAUCUAUAUUUAUCUCUGCUAAAGUACAGGAAUUUAGAAAUACCCAGAAACAUAGGGCAGUUCAGGCAAAUGCAAGAUGGGCUGGUCGCAUGCACUCCAUGCACUCCUCAGUUAAAUUCCCCACUCUGCUUGGUGGAGAGGCAGUCUUUAGUUAUUAUGCCCCCAGCCUCUGGAAUAGCCUACCAGAGAACCUGAGGGGGGCCGAAACUGUGGACAUAUUUAAGAGAUCUUAAAACUAAUAUUUUUAGCUUUGCUUUUCCUUAGGGUGCUUUUUAAUCAUUCAGUUUUUGUCACUCUUUAGUUUUUAUUCUUCUGUUUGUUGUGUAGUAAAUAUUUCAGCUUUUAUUUUCCUUGUUUUUUAUUAGUUUUUUCCUGUGAAGCACAUUGCGUUGCAUUCCAUGUCUGAAAUGAUCUGUAUAAAUAAAGCUUGAUUUGACUUGGUGUCUGUGGAUAUACCCGGGUGGGUCUUUCUAUCUAGACCAUAGCAACACUCUCUAUAAAUGAAUUGUCAUGUGUACCCUGUUGGUUCUAUUUGCUUUGCAGUGUCUUGUGUAAAGCUCUUGGGAAAAGCAUUCAGAUCACUGUUUUUUGAUUAAUGGACUAUUCUGGAGGUCUGAAAUUCAGUUACAGGAAUAUAGAUUUUAGGGCAUCUUAAAGCUGUGACCGUCUGUCAAUCCUGAUUCCUGGACAUAACACGCAAUCUGCCCAGCGUUCAUAUAAAGCCACCUAUACAGGAACGAGGGCCAGUAUCAUUUCCGAGCUCUAGGGAAAGAGAACGUGACAUUUUGAAAUACCCAGAAACAGACAGGCCAUAGGGCAAAUGCAAGAUUGGCUGGUCUGUCUUAAGCCCAGUGGGCCUGUGUACAUUUGUAAAAAAAAAUAUUAUACAUUCCUAUUUGCGCAGUAUUAUCAUUAUUUCACUCAUAAUGGGGGCCUCAAUGAAACAAAUGUUAGAAAUACCCAUUUCUGGUCCCAGUUCGUCCCUGCCAAUACCACAGGAUUAUUAGUGCAGUGUACAAUGAUCUUAUUGCAGAUCAUGUAAUUUGGUAUUGUUUUUCAGAGACUACAGUAUUACAUUCUUUUCAAUUCUAUUGUUUAGAAUGUCUCUCUCUGAGCUGCUCUGACCUAAAUUCUUUGUUUGGGUGUUACAGCGGAUUCCACUGGAACACAUUCUCUCUACACUACUUACAAAGACUUUGAGCUGAUGUUCCACGUGUCCACACUGCUCCCCUAUACCCCCAACAACAGACAACAGGUGAGUGGACACACACUGGAAGUCUAUGGGGAUCUGCGCUAAUGCUAUCUCUAACUUCCUUCAUACUGGACACAGAUGCAUAACAUUUUUAUUCAGAAGUUCAUCUGACUCUGGGAAAGUAGAUAAAGGGCCUCAUUGCCAAAAUCCCAAAGUAUCCCUUUAAAGCAGCACUAGUCAAUCUGUGUCCACCCACAGUGGGCCCCCAACAUUUGUGUAAGUAUACUGAGAGACUGGUCUUGGCAAAUGUCACUGAGGUAUCUGAAUAUUGUUGUAACUGCCCUUAAAGCCAAAACAGACAGAUUUAGGAGUGCUGCUUCAAAAGAGCUAUUUAACACUUUUUGAUAAUUAACACAAAGAUCUAGUAGGUCAUAUUUUCAAAACAUUAAGGGCUGAAUCAAAACUUGAUGUGCACAUAACCCUCUUGAGUCAAUUUCCGCGGUCCCGCAGAAAUCUAAUUAGCAUAAUAAAACAAUCCCCAUCAAAAUCCGACUGUUUAAGAUAGUUGUCUUUUUUAUGUUGUUGCAUGGGCUGUCUCAAUCCACCGCAUCCGCCAAUGGUGGCCUGCCGCAUGUGUGGUGGAAGGUGGCUGAGCUACAGCAGUGUUAGUCAGACCAUGAGACAUCCCGUAGCGUCCGAACGGUUUGGCCUAAUAAAAAGAAUAUGACCCUCUACAGAAAGAUGAGAUUUAGGAAUACGUACAUGUCGGUGGUUUUACUCCACAAGACUCACCUGAAGGCAACCUGGUACCAGUUUAAAAAAUGAAUGGAAGUAUACAGUUGAAAUCGGAAGUUUACAUACACUUAGGUUGGAGUCAUUAAAACUCGUUUUUCAACAACUCCACAAAUUUCUUGUUAACAAACUAUAGUUUUGGCAAGUCGGUUAGGACAUCUACUUUGUGCAUGACACAAGUAAUUUUUCCAACAAUUGUUUACAGACAGAUUAUUUCACUUAUAAUUCACUGUAUCACAAUUCCAGUGGGUCAGAUGUUUACGUACACUAAGUUGACUGUGUCUUUAAACAGCUUGGAAAAUUCCAGAAAAUGAUGUCAUGGCUUUAGAAGCUUCUGAUAGGCUAAUUGACAUCAUUUGAAUGAAUUGGAGAUGUACCUGUGGAUGUAUUUCAAGGCUUACCUUCAAACUCAGUGCCUCUUUGCUUGACAUCAUGGGAAAAUCAAAAGAAAUCAGCCAAGACCUCAGAAACAAAAUUGUAGACCUCCACAAAUCUGGUUCAUCCUUGGGAGCAAUUUCCAAAGGUACCACGUUCAUCUGUACAAACAAUAGUACGCAAGUAUAAACACCAUGGGACCACGCAGCCAUCAUACCGCUCAGGAAGGAGACGCGUUCUGUCUCCUAGAGAUGAGCGUACUUUGGUGCGAAAAGUACAAAUCAAUCCCAAAACAACAGCAAAGGACUUUGUGAAGAUGCUGGAGGAAACAGUUACAAAAGUAUCUAUAUCCACAGUAAAACGAGUCCUAUAUCGACAUAACCUGAAAGGCCGCUCAGCAAGGAAGAAGCCACUGCUCCAAAACCUCCAUAAAAAAGCCAGACUACGGUUUGCAACUGCACAUGGGGACAAAGAUCGUACUUUUUGGAGAAAUGUCCUCUGGUCUGAUCAAACAAAAAUAGAACUGUUUGGCCAUAAUGACCAUGGUUAUGUUUGGAGGAGAAAGGGGGAGCUUGCAAGCCGAAGAACACCAUCCCAACUAUGAAGCACAGGGGUGGCGGCAUCAUGCUGUGGGGGUGCUUUGCUGCAGGAGGGACUGGGGCACUUCACAAAAUAGAUGGCAUCAUGAGGAAGGAAAAUUAUGUGGAUAUAUUGAAGCAAAAUCUCAAGACAUCAGUCAGGAAGUUAAAGCUUGGUCGCAAAUGGGUCUUCCAAAUGGACAAUGACCCCAAGCAUACUUCCAAAGUUGUGGCAAAAUGGCUUAAGGACAACAAAGUCAAAGUGUUGGAGUGGCCAUCACAAAGCCCUGACCUCAAUCCUAUAGAAAAUAUGUGGGCAGAACUGAAAAAGCGUGUGCGAGCAAGGAUGCCUACAAACCUGACUCAGUUACACCAGCUCUGUCAGGAGGAAUGGGCAAAAUAUAUUGUGGGAAGCUUGUGGAAGGCUACCCGAAAUGUUUGACUCAAGUUAAACAAUUUAAAGGCAAUGCUACCAAAUACUAAUUGAGUGUGUGUAAACUUCUGACCCACUGGGAAUGUGAUGAAAGAUGGAAAAGCUGAAAUAAAUCAUUCUCUCUACUAUUAUUCUGACAUUUCACAUUCUUAAAAUAAAGUGGUGAUCCUAACUAAGACAGGGAAUUUUUACAAGGAUUAAAUGUCAGGAAUUGUGAAAAACUGAGUUUAAAUGUAUUUGGCUAAGGUGUAUGUAAACUUCCGACUUCAACUGUAUAUGGAAGUAGUUUAGUAGCAACAUGUUUUUGGUGAAAUAUGUGUAAAAUAAAUUAUUAAAUCGCUUCCUGAUCUUAUAUCUCAGACACUUCAAAACAAUCUUCCUUUUUAUAAUAUCUUAUUUUUUUACUAUCUGUUUUUCCAUGUAUGAAUCUGUUAUUAAAUGCGUUUCUAUUGGCUUAAUGCAAUAAGCCCAAAAUCCUUGCUAUGACCAUCUUAAAACAAUUCCAUAUGUAAGCUUAGUAACCCCCCCCCCCCCCCCCCCCCCGAAACUCAAGUCAAGUGCACAUUUUUUAUGCUGCUCUGAAAAGGCUUACAUUUUUUCACUAACUAACUGCAACCCUUUUUAUUUUAUUUAUUAUUAUUAACAUUACUUAUAGUUUCUACCCAUUACUACAACAGGUAGCUUGCCAUCUUGAUCCUUUAGUCACAAUCUGCUUUCCAAUAUUAGAAAUUGGCACUCAUCAUUUCGGAGUCGCGUAUAAUUUCCCCAGUCAGUCCCUUGUUAAUUGUAAAUACUAUUGCUGGAGAUGUUGCCACGACAACAAUUUUGCAUGCACUCCUCAAUUAAAUUGCCCACUCUGCUUGGUGUCUGUGAAUAUGCCUGAGUGGGUCUUUCUAUCUAGACCAUACCAACACGCCCUAUAAAUGAAUUGUCAUGUGCACCAUGUUAAAUCUAUUUGCUUUGCAGUUGUAUCUUACGUAAAGCUCUUGGGAACAGCAUUCAUAUCACUGUUUUUUGAUUAAUGGACUCUUCUGGAGGUCUGUAAUUCAGUUACAGCACUAAGGAUUUUAGGCCAUCUUAAAGCUGUGACCAUCUGUCAAUCCUGAUUCCUGGACAUAACACGCAAUCUGCCCAGCGUUCAUAGAAAGCCACCUAUACAGGAACGAGGGCCAGUAUCGUUUCCGAGCUCUAGGGAAAUAGAACGGGCCAAGUGUCUUGGGCAUCGCAUGUGUCUUGGGCCUUGAUUAUCAGGAUUUACUGGAUUAGCAGUAAGCCCCCCAAGGUCUGCAGAGGCUCUGCCACUACUUGAGCCCCUUGAUCCGGCCUAUUCCACCCCUCAUCCCGUUUGUUUACCACCUACACCAAGGGACUAAAGAGACUAUGGCCUCCUGGUGAGGAGACUAUUGCCCUGUUAAAAAACCCUGGACCCUAGCCACUGACCCCUUUAGCACUUCUGUCGAUUGGCAAGGAUAUGAGAGGUAUAAGCAAUAUGACAGUACUGUAGCUCCCACUUGCCCUCUGAUAGACUCCAAAUAAACAUGUUUUACUCUCCUCCAUAUCCUUUCCUUGACCACUUAACAGCUUGACUCAUGAUAGAUUAAGAAUGGGAUAGAUUUCCACCAUGUAGGUCUUCAUCAGCCGUUUGAGACCAUUGAGACAUUGUCCUAGUCUCUCAUGCACUGUAAGGGCAUUUACUUUUCUGAAUUCUAAUGUGCUUUUUCUUUUCUGUUUCCUUUUCUUGCCAUUUAGCUACUGAGGAAAAGACACAUUGGAAAUGACAUCGUCACCGUCAUCUUCCAGGAACCUGGUGCUCUUCCCUUCACUCCGAAAAACAUUCGCUCGCACUUCCAGCACGUGUUCAUCAUCGUCAAAGUCCAAAACCCUUGCACAGAAAAUGUUUGCUACAGGUGAGCAAAGCGGACCGCCGAUACUUCUAAAAUACUUGGUGUGAGAGAUGUGUAGAGCUAGUUUAAAUUAACUUGCAUUGAUUCAAGCAUUCAUGUACCUAAGGGCCCAAUUUCAAUACGGCUGGAAUCCGAUCAUUCAGAAGUAUGUUUAUUAAUGAUUGUUGAAUCAAGUGUCAACUCCCUCCAUCGCUAACGUUCCUAGACAAUAAAGUAGAUGAGCUUAGGGCGAGGAUCUCCUUCCAGAAAGACAUCAGGGACUGUAACAUACUCUUUUUUUUUUUUUUUAUGUAAUCAUCGCUCUCUGCGGAUAUAUUGUCCACGUCCAUUCAGCCAGCAGGGUUCUCUCUGUCCAUCGUGCAGACAGGAAAAAAAAACUCUCAGGGAAAAAGAAAGGCGGAGGGGUUUGUUUCAUGAUUAACAUUGGGGCGGGCUACAAAGCCCUCCCCCGCCCUCCCUUCGGCAAAUCGAUCACACCUCUCUUCUGUUCCACCCCACCUUUAUAGGCAGAAGCUUAAACAGGAUGCUCCCGUGGUAAGGACUGCUCAAUGUUGGUCUGACCAAUCGAAAUCUAUGCUUCAAGAUUGUUUUGAUCACAUGGACCUGGAAAUGUUCCGGGUCACCUCUGAGAAUAGUAUUGACGUAUACAUUGACUCGAUGACUAGGUUCAUCAGGAAGUGCAUAGAGGAUGUUGUUCCCACUGUGACGAUUAGAACUCAUCCAAACCAAAAACCGUAGAUAGAUUGCAGCAUUCACGCUUUAGCGCAAACCACCGUAUUUAACCAUGGCAAGGUGACUGGGAACAUAGACGUGUACAAGCAGACCAGCUAUGACCUCCGCAACGCAAUCAAGAGGCAAAACAACCGUACACAGUGAAGUUCCAUUAAACGGCUCAGACAUAUGUGGCAGGGACUCCAGACAAUCACAGAUUAUGAAGGGAAAGCGAGCCACGUCGCGUACACCUACACCUUGCUCCCGGAUGAGAUAAACACCUUUGCCCGCUUCGAGGAAAACAACAUCGAGCUGCCGAUGUGGGACACCGACGCUCACGAGGACUCUGUGCUUUCGUUCUCUGUGGCCGACGUGAGUAAUUUAAGCGUGUUAACCCUUGCAAGGCUGCCAGUCCAGACUGCAUGCCAAGCCGCAUCCUCAGAGCAUGUGCAGACCAGCUGGCUGGAGUAUUUACGGACAUAUUUAAUAUCCCUGUCUGUUGUCCCCACUUGCAUGAAGAUGUCCACCAUUGUUCCUGUACCCAAGAAAGCGAAGGUAACUGAACUAAAUGACUAUCGCCCCGUUGCACUAAUUUCUGUCAUCAUGAAGUUCUUUGAGAGGCUUUUUAAGGACCAUAUCACCUCCACCGUACCUGACACCCAGACCCACUACAAUUCACAUAUCGCCUCAACAGAUCCCCGGGCGACGCAAUCGCCAUUGCACUACACUCUGCCCUAUCCCACCUGAACAAGAUAAAUACCUACAGUGGGGAGAACAAGUAUUUGAUACACUGCUGAUUUUGCAGGUUAUCCUACUUACAAAGCAUGUAGAGGUCUGUAAUUUGUAUCAUAGGUACACUUCAACUGUGAGAGAUGGAAUCUAAAACAAAAAUCCAGAAAAUCACAUUGUAUGAUUGCCUAUUGUCCUGUAGCCCAUCCCAGCCUUGUGCAGGUCUACAAUUUUAUCCCUGAUGUCCUUACACAGCUCUCUGGUCUUGGCAUUUGUGGAGAGGUUGGAGUCUGUUUGAUUGAGUGUGUGGACAGGUGUCUUUUAUACAGGUAACGAGUUCAAACAGGUGUAGUUAAUACAGGUAAUGAGUGGAGAACAGGAGGGCUUCUUAAAGAAAAACUAACAGGUCUGUGAGAGCCAGAAUUCUUACUGGUUGGUAGGUGAUCAAAUACUUAUGUCAUGCAAUAAAAUGCAAAUUAAUUACUUAAAAAUCAUACAAUGUGAUUAUCUGGAUUUUUGUUUUAGGUUCCAUCUCUCUCAGUUGAAGUGUACCUAUGAUAAGAAUUACAGACCUCUACAUGCUUUGUAAGUAGGAAAACCUGCAAAAUCGGCAUUGUAUCAAAUACUUGUUCUCCCCACUGUAUGUAAGAAUACUGUUAAUCAAUUACAGCUCAGGGCCCAGGGGCUUAACCCCUGCCUGUGCAACUGGGUCCUGGACUUCCUGACGGGCUGACCCCAAGUGGUGAAGAUAGGCAAUCAACACGGGGGCCCCACAGGGGUGCGUGCUCAGCCCCUUCCUGUGCUCCCUGUUUACCCUUGACUGCGUUGCCACGCACUUCUCCAACUCAAUCAUCAAGUUUGCUGACGACACAACAGUGGUAGGCCUGAUUACCAACAACGAUGAGACAGCCUACAGGGAGAAGGUGAAGGCCCUGGUGAAGAGGUACCAGGAAAUUAACCUCUCCCUCAGCAAAACAAAGGAGCUGAUUGUAGACUACAGGAGACAGCAGAGAGAGCACUCCCCCAUCCACAUCGACGGGGCCGCAGUGGAGAAGGAGAAAAGUUCAAGUUCCUCUGCAUACACAUCACUGACAACCUGAAAGGGUCCCUUCACACAGACAGCGUGGUGAAGAAGACGCAACAGCGCCUUUUCAACUUCAGGAGGCUGAAGAAAUGUGGCUUAUCUCCUAAAGGCGUCCGCAUGCUUCCCAGCCGAAACAGUUUGGAAGAGUUUGUGCAUAUAUGUGCAUAUAUCAUGACAACAAUUUGUGGCGUUUUUGUUCGUUUCGGACUUCGUAAGAGUUUUUUCCGGCUGUUCGGGCACACACAUUUUUCUCGAGGCCAGCCGAAGUUCGGGAGCCGAAAUCUACGCCCCUUUGUCCGUGAUUGGUCAGCUGUAGGGAUUCUUCAAUAGUCUUUGUUGUCAUUCAAUGCGAGACGACUCGUUUCCAUGCACAUUUUUUCAUUGAGAAAUACUGCACCAAACAUCCUAGUUAGAUGUAAAAUUGAGCAACUAUAGAACUCCUCUGCAAAAAUGUCAAAAUGAAUGAUAGAUUUCUUGAGUUAUCUUAGAUUAAUUCAGACUAUUUUGAGUAAUAGCUACGACUGGCUACGGCGUCUCUAAUAGGACAAACAGUACUAUUGCUGCUUUUUUCUUGUUUUUCAAGCUAAGGUCUUUUAAGGGAGUAUGCGAGCACACUCGUUCAUCUAGCCGACUUCGGCUAGCCUCCAGCCAAACUGAAGCGUGCUGAAGCCUUUAGACCCUCACAUUCAGUACCUUGCCCUGAACCUCAGCCACUGUUCUAGCUGGCUACCACCCGGUACUCUACCCUGCACCUUAGACUGCUGCUCUAUGUACAUAGUCAUUGAACACUGGUCACUUUAAUAGUGUUUACAUACUAUUUUACCCACUUUAUAUGUACAGUGCAUUCGGAAAAUAUUCAAACCCCUUGACUUUUUCCACAUUUUGUUACGUUACAGCCAUAUUCUAAAAUGGAUUCAAUAAUAAAAAUUCCUCAUCAACGUACACACAAAACCCCAUAAUGACAAAGUGAAAAGAGGUUUUUAGAAAUGUUUGCAAAUUUAUACCAAAUUAAAAACAAAAUAUUUACAUAAGUAUUCAGACCCUUUGCUAUGAGACUCAAAAUUAAGCUCCGGUGCAUCCUGUUUCCAUUGAUCAUCCUUGAUGACAACUUGUUUGUAGUCCACCUGUGGCAAAUUCAGUUGAUUGGCCAUGAUUUGGAAAGGCACACACCUGUCUAUAUAAUGUCCCAUAGUUGACAGUGCAUGUCAGAGCAAAAACCAGUCAUGAGGUCGAGGGAAUUGUCCGUAGAGCGCCGAGACAGGAUUGUGUCGAGGCACAGAUCUGGGGAAGGGUACCAAAAAAUGUCUGCAGCAUUGAAGGUCCCCAAGAACACAGUGGCCUCCAUCCUUCUUAAAUGGAUGAAGUUUGGAACCACCGAGACUCUUCCUAGAGCUGGCCGCCCAGCCAGACUGAGCAAUCAGGAGAGAAAGGUCUUGGUCAGGGAAGUGACCAAAAACCUGAUGGUCACUCUGAUAGUGCUCCAGAGUUCCUCUGUGGAGAUGGGAGAACCUUCCAGAAGGACAACCAUCUCUGCAGCACUCCACCAAUCAGGCCUUUAUGGUAGAGUGGCCAGAUGGAAGCCACUCCUCAGUAAAAGGCACAUGACAGCCCACUCUCUAGUCUAAUAAAACCAAGAUUGAACUCUUUGGCCUGAAUGCCAAGUGUCACGUCUGGAGGAAACCUGGCACCAUCCCUACGGUGAAGUAUGGUGGUGGCAGCAUCAUGCUGUGGGGAUGUUUUUCAGUGGCAGGGACUGGGAGACUAGUCAGGAUCGAGGGAAAGAUGAACGGAGCAAUGUACAGAGAGAUCCUUGAUGAAAAGUUGCUCCAGAGGGCUCUCAGGACCUUUGACUGGGGCGAAGGUUCACCUUCCAACAGGACAAUGACCCCAAGUACAAAGCCAAGACAAUGCAGGAGUGGCUUCGGGACAUGUCUCUGAAUUUCCUUGAGUGACCAAGCCAGAGCCCGGACUUGAACCCGAUCGAACAUCUCUGGAGAGACCUGAAAAUAGCUGGGCAGCUACGUUCCCCAUCUAACCUGACACAGCUUGAGAGGAUCUGCAGAGAAGAAUGGGAGAAACUCCCCCCAAAAUUGUUUUAUGCUUUUGCUUUGUCAUUAUGGGGUAUUGUUUGUAGAUUGAUGAGGGGAAAAAAACAAUUUAAUCAAUUUUAGAAUAAGGCUGCUACGUAACGAAAUAUGGAAAAAGUCAGGGUUCUGAAUACUUUCCGAAUACACUGUAUGUACAUAUCUUUAUGUUCAAGUCUCUUGUCUGCUAUUAGUGCACUGUUGGAGCUAGAAACACAAGCAUUUCGCUGCACCUGUGAUAACAUCUGCAAAUCUGUGUACACGACCAAUAAACUUUGAUUUGGAUAUGCUGCUGUACAAUUCAAAGAAACUUCUGAAAAUCCACUACAAUGAUUUCCGGCCCUUACUGUUAGAAGACCUGAGUCUUGAAUCAGAAUUCUGAUCAUACAGUAACCAACACCACUGUGAUGGUUGAAACAACCUAUAUUUGUUGAAACUGAAACCACACCUCUAUUUAUAAUAGGUGAUUAUAAAAAAGCUUGUGUAGUCAGUGUUAAAUUAUAUUCACGCGAUGGAACAGAACUUUAGCUAUCUAAUAUGACGUACAGUUGAUCGGGAAACCACUUGUUCUGCUCUUGUAAUUGCCCCCAUCUGUAACAGCAAGUGCUCUUUGGAUUAGCAGAACAACAGUUUGAAACCUUUCCAUUUCCAGAGAGGGGUCGUAAUGGCUGUAAUUCAAAAUCCCCCAACAGAUCUCUCUCAAAUGUAUUGUCAUGACCUAUUUGUGUUACUUAUAAAAUAUUAUGAUGCAAAAUGACAGAGGGAUUAAAAUGGCUGUUUUUCUUCAUUUGGUUUUAGUGUGGCGGUCACCAGAUCUAAAGAUGUGCCCGCCUUCGGUCCUCCUAUCCCCCAGGGGGUGCUCUUCCCAAAGUCGGCCAUGUUCCGGGACUUCCUCCUGGCCAAGAUGUUGAACGGCGAGAAUGCGGUGCAUAAGUCUGACAAGUUCCGCGCCAUGGCUAUGCGCACGCGCCAAGAGUACCUGAAGGAUUUGGCCGAGAACUUUGUAAGCGCCACCCCCGUGGACUCUUCGGCGGCUAAGUUCAGCUUCAUCUCGUUGGGUGUCAAGAAGAAGGAGCGCAGCCGACCCCGGCGGAACGCCCACCUCCAGAGCUACGGUGCGGUCACUUGGGCUGUGGUGGCACGGGACUUUGGCCAGUCGGCGGACAUCGGCUGCCUGCUGGCCGUCUCCAAUGAGUUUGUGGUGCUGAUCGAAGAGGCGUCCAAGGAGGUGGUGUUCAACUGCUACUGCCGCGACGUCCUCGGUUGGAGCGCAACAUCCGGAAGUGUCCGGCUUUUCUACGAGCGCGGUGAGUGCGUGGUGUUCUCCACGCAGGAAGGAUGCUGGGACGACAUCCGGGAGAUCAUGCAGAGGUUGGAGGUAAGAGGGUUGUGUGGGGGGCUAAAAGACCACAUAAUUCAGUGGUGGUUUCCUGUACACAGAUUAAGCCUAAUCCUGGACUAAAAAGCAUUUUCAACUAAGAUUUUCCAUUGAGAAUGAUAAUUUUGUCAAGGACUAGGCUUAAUUUGUGUCUGGGAAACCAUGCCUCAGUGUUAAAGUCCUUAAACCAGGGGUCACCAAUCAAACAUACAAGGAACAUAUCUGAUUCAACCUCUCCAAGUAUUUACUGAAGAUUAAGUUUAGUUGAUCACUUGAAUUGGGUUUGUUACUGCUUGGCUGUACCCACACUGGCCCAGAGAGAAAAUUUGGCCACCUCUGCCUGAGACAUACAGUGGGGAAAAAAAGUAUUUAGUCAGCCACCAAUUGUGCAAGUUCUCCCACUUAAAAAGAUGAGAGAGGCCUGUAUUUUUCAUCAUAGGUACACGUCAACUAUGACAGACAAAAUGAGAAUUUUUUUUCCAGAAAAUCACAUUGUAGGAUUUUUUAUGAAUUUAUUUGCAAAUUAUGGUGGAAAAUAAGUAUUUGGUCAAUAACAAAAGUUUCUCAAUACUUUGUUAUAUACCCUUUGUUGGCAAUGACACAGGUCAAACGUUUUCUGUAAGUCUUCACAAGGUUUUCACACACUGUUGCUGGUAUUUUGGCCCAUUCCUCCAUGCAGAUCUCCUCUAGAGCAGUGAUGUUUUGGGGCUGUCGCUGGGCAACACAGACUUUCAACUCCCUCCAAAGAUUUUCUAUGGGGUUGAGAUCUAGAGACUGGCUAGGCCACUCCAGGACCUUGAAAUGCUUCUUACGAAGCCACUCCUUCGUUGCCCGGGCGGUGUGUUUGGGAUCAUUGUCAUGCUGAAAGACCCAGCCAUGUUUCAUCUUCAAUGCCCUUGCUGAUGGAAGGAGGUUUUCACACAAAAUCUCACGAUACAUGGCCCCAUUCAUUCUUUCCUUUACACGGAUCAGUCGUCCUGGUCCCUUUGCAGAAAAACAGCCCCAAAGCAUGAUGUUUCCACCCCCAUGCUUCACAGUAGGUAUGGUGUUCUUUGGAUGCAACUCAGCAUUCUUUGUCCUCCAAACACGACGAGUUGAGUUUUUAACAAAAAGUUCUAUUUUGGUUUCAUCUGACCAUAUGACAUUCUCCCAAUCCUCUUCUGGAUCAUCCAAAUGCACUCUAGCAAACUUCAGACGGGCCUGGACAUGUACUGGCUUAAGCAGGGGGACACGUCUCGCACUGCAGGAUUUGAGUCCCUGGCGGCGUAGUGUGUAACUGAUGGUAGGCUUUGUUACUUUGGUCCCAGCUCUCUGCAGGUCAUUCACUAGGUCCCCCCGUGUGGUUCUGGGAUUUUUGCUCACCGUUCUUGUGAUCAUUUUGACCCCACGGGGUGAGAUCUUGCGUGGAGCCCCAGAUCGAGGGAGAUUAUCAGUGGUCUUGUAUGUCUUCCAUUUCCUAAUAAUUGCUCCCACAGUUGAUUUCUUCAAACCAAGCUGCUUACCUAUUGCAGAUUCAGUCUUCCCAGCCUGGUGCAGGUCUACAAUUUUGUUUCUGGUGUCCUUUGACAGCUCUUUGGUCUUGGCCAUAAUGGAGUUUGGAGUGUGACUGUUUGAGGUUGUGGACAGGUGUCUUUUAUACUGAUAACAAGUUCAAACAUGUGCCAUUAAUACAGGUAAUGAGUGGAGGACAGAGGAGCCUCUUAAAGAAGAAGUUACAGGUCUGUGAGAGCCAGAAAUAUUGCUUGUUUGUAGGUGACCAAAUACUUAUUUUCCACCAUAAUUUGCAAAUAAAUUCAUAAAAAAUCCUACAAUGUGAUUUUCUGGAUUUUUUUUCUUCUCAAUUUGUCUGUCAUAGUUGACGUGUACCUAUGAUGAAAAUUACAGGCCUCUCUCAUCUUUUUAAGUGGGAGAACUUGCACAAUUGGUGGCUGACUAAAUACUUUUUUCCCCACUGUAAGUAUCAUAAAACACUUGCAUGAAAUCCUUGUACCUGCGUUUAGACAGGCAUCCCAAUUCUGAUCUUUUCUCACUAAUUGGUAUUUUGACCAAUCAGAUCAGCUCUGUAAAAGAUCUGAUGUGAAAAUAUAUGUUUAAGCUAAGUAGUUUACUGUGGGUAAACACUGCAGUGAGGUGAUUACUCAAGUCAUGGGAGCCGGCCCAAGUCACAGCAGUUUAGUCAGCAGGUCGGCAGAUGUGCCCCUUUAUACCUCCACCAUACCUCAGCCUCACGACAAUAUGUUUGUUGUUAAAAGUUACUGUUCUUGAAUCACUGAUGGUAAUAAAGGCCUGCUGGGGCAUGUACUUUCAUCCUGCUUCUUUUGCCAGGAAUGGAUUUAGUCGUUUGGUUGAUAAUUGUAUUAUUUAGGGGGAGACGAGAGGUUGUAUAGGAUCGGGUGUCCCUCAGCGCUCUAUCCCCGGCCAUUUUAAUUUCGGUUAUGGAGCCCUUAGUCUUUUCAACCAACUUUAAAAUGGAAAGGGAUAAUGGCUUAAGUUCUCAUCGGCUUCGGUGCUAUUAAGGUUUUGUAUUUGUGUGGAUUGUGUCAAACCACAAAGUUACUAAUUACUGCCCCUCCUUAACUGGGGUAAAGGUUGACCUACAGUAGGCCUUAUAAGGUAAUGCUCAUAACUUAUCAAAACAGUUGCCAACAUGGUUCAACCCUAAUAAAGCCGUUGUAGUAGAUCAGAGUAUGCUGGAAUUGACUCUCUUGGUCAUGUCACCCUAGAUUGUCACCCGGGGCUGCGAGACAGUGGAGAUGACCCUCCGGCGGAACGGUCUGGGCCAGCUGGGAUUCCACGUCAACUUCGAGGGCGUGGUGGCGGACGUGGAGCCCUUCGGCUUCGCCUGGCAGGUGGGUCUCCGUCCAGGUAGCCGGCUGAUGGAGAUCUGCAAGGUGGCCGUGGCCACACUGUCCCACGAGCAGAUGAUCGACCUGCUGCGCACGUCCAACACGGUCAGUGUGGUCAUCGUCCAGCCCCACGAGGACGGCACACCCAGGAGGUAGGUUAAACACCACUUCCUUCUUCUUUGCACUUAACUUAAACUAAGCUUAAUAGCUCUUACAAAAACAUCUGUCCCAGUAUUCUUAUACUGAACAAAUAUAUAUACGCAACAUGCAACAAUUACUAUGAUUUUACUGUGUUACAGUUCAUAUAAGGAAAUCAGUCAAUUGAAAUAAAUUCAUUAGGGCCUAAUAUAUGGAUUUCCCAUGACUAUGCAGGGGCGCAGCCAUGGGUGGGCAUAGGCCCACCCACAUAGGAGCCAGGCCCAGCCAAUCAGAAUGAUUUUUUCCCCACAAAAGGGCUUUAUUACAGACAGAAAUACUCCUCAGUUUAAUCAGCUGUCCGGGUGGCUGGUUUCAGGCGAUCCAGCAGGUGAAGAAGUUGGAUGUGUAAAUCCUGGGCUGGCAUGGUUACACUUGGUCUGCAGUUGUGAGGCCGGUUGGGCGUUAUGCCAAAUUCUCUAAAACGACGUUGGAGGCGGCUUAUGGUAGAGAAAUUAACAUUAAUUAUCUGGCAACAGCUCUGGUGGACAUUUCUGCAGUCAGCAUGCAAAUUGCACGCUCCCUCAAAACUUGAGACAUCUGUGGCAUUGUGUUGUGUGGCAAAACUGCACAUUUUAGAGUGGCCUUUUAUUGUCCCCAGCACAAAGUGCACCUGUGUAAUCAGCUUCUUGAUAUUCAGGUGGAUGGAUUGUCUUGGCAAAGGAGAAAUUCUCACUAACAGGGAUGUAAAGAAAUGUGUGCACAAAACUUGAGAAAUAAGCUUUUUGUGCAUUUGGAACAUUUCUGGGAUCUUUUAUUUCAGCUCAUGAAACAUGGGACCAUGUUUGUUCAGUAUAUAACCAAUUCAUUCUUUAUAGGUACAAUCUGUAACUUUAUUUUUCUCAAAAGGGCAGGGUUUUGGUCUUGGUGAAUAUGUCCCUUUAUUUUGAGCUUUCCUUCUUGGUGUUUGUAGUAUCUUAAGUUGCCACUGGCAAAAUUAAAGUUACAAAUUGCUACUUUAAACACUCUGUUAGUAUCAGUGUUUCAUCAAUGUCCCACGAUUUCGACCACUAUAACCUGUUGAGUUUUACAUCAGUAAUUCUCCUUUGCCAAGAUAAUCCAUCCACCGGACAGGUGUGGCAUAUCAAGAAGCUGAUUAAACAGCAUGAUAAUUACACAAGUGCACCUUGUGCUGGGGACAAUAAAAGGGCACUCAAAAAUAUGCCGUUUUGUCACAACACAAUGUCACAGAUGUCAGAGGUUUUGAGGGAGCAUGGAAUUGGCAUGCUAACUGCAGGAAUGUCCACCAGAGCUGUUGCCAGAUGAUAUAAUGUUCAUUUCUCUACCAUAAGCCGCCUCCAAUGUCGUUUUAGAGAAUUUGACAGUACGUCCAACCAACCUCACAUCCGCAGACCACGUGUAACCAUGCCAGCCUAUCACCUCCACAUCCGGCUUCUUCACCUACGGGAUCGUCUGAGACCAGCCACCGGGACAGCUGAUAAAACUGUGGGUUUGCACAACCGAAACAUUUCUUCAGAAACAGUUUCAGGAAUGCUCAGCGGCGUGCUCGUCGUCCUCAACAGGGUCUUGACCUGACUGCAGUGCGGCGUCGUAACUGACUUCAGUGGGCGAAUGCUCACCUUCGAUGGCCACUGGCUUACUGGAGAAGUGUGCUCUUCACGGAUGAAUCCCGGUUUCAACUGUACUGGGCAGAUGGCAUGUAUUGCAUCUUGUGGGCGAGGGGUUUGCUGAUGUCAACGCUGUGAACAGAGUGCCCCAUGGUGGCAGUGGAGUUAUGGUAUGGGCAGACAUAAGCUACAGACAACGAACACAAUUGCAAUUUUAUCAAUGGCAAUUUGAAUGCACAGAGAUACCUUGAUGAGAUCCUGAGGACCAUUGUUGUGCCAUUCAUCUGCCACCAUCACCAUAUUUCAGCAUGAUAAUUCACUGCCCCAUGUCGCAAGGAUCUGUACACAAUUCCUGGAUGCUGAAAAUGUCCCAGUUCUUCCCAUGGCCUGCAUACUCACCAGACAUGUCACCUAUUGAGCAUGUUUGGGAUGCUCUGGAUCAACAUGUACGACAGCGUGUUCCAGUUCUAGCCAAUAUCCAGCAACUUCGCACAGCCAUUGAAAAGGAGUGGGACAACGUUCCACAGGCCACAAUCAACAGCCUGAUCAACUCUAUGUGAAGGAGAUGUCGCACUGCAUGAGGCAAAUGGUGGUCACCAGAUACUGACUGGUUUUCUGAUCCACGCUCCUACCUUUUUUUAAAGGUAUCUUUGACCAACAGAUGCAUAUCUGUAUUCCCAGGCAUGUGAAAUCCAUAGAUUAGGGCCUAAUGAAUUGAUUUCAAUUGACUGAUUUCCUUAUAUGAACUGUAACUCAGUAAAAUCUUUGAAAUUGUUGCAUGUUCCGUUUCUAUUUAUAUAUAUCGUAUUACUUUAGGCCAGAGCCCUAUGGGGCCUGGUUAAAAGUUGUGCAUUUUAAAGGAAAUGGGUCCCAUUUGAGUAUUAGACUAGGCCAACAUGUAUGAAUCAAGACGGGGCUUUCGCGCUUUGCCAUUUUUUUAAAACAUUUGAACUGUUGGAUUGAGGACUUGAGACUUUCCAAAUCAUGUUUAAACAGGAAUCAAGCAGAGUGAAAGACAAAACAUUAUCAAUAGUUUGUACUAUAUGUGCUUAAGGAACAUUUCUGGGAUAUUUUAUUUCAGCUCAUGAAACAUGGGAUCAACACUUUACAUGUUGCAUUUAUAUUUUUGUUCAGUAUAGGAAAUAGGGUACCUUUUGGGACCCAGCCUAUAUCUCCCAGCUAGUUCAAAGCUAAUUAUCUCUGUAGUCAUGACCUAAUGGGUUUGUUAAAUGUAUCAAUAUUGUCUAUUAAUGUUAUGUAUAAUGUCAUGUUUUCUUUGGACUCCUUGAAGAGUAGCUGCUGCUUUCGCAACAGCUAAUGGGGAUCCUAAUAAAAUACCAGUGUUAUUGAUGUCAAUCGGCCACAGGCUUAGUCAAUGCAGCUCAUAUCCAUCAGCAAAUAUUUUACAUAUUUAACUGUAGCAAAGUAGCAGUAAAUGUAGUCCCGUGUAGCUCAGUUGGUAGAGCAUGGCGCUUGCAACGCCAGGGUUGUGGGUUUGUUUCCCACGGGGGGGGGCAGUAUGAAAAUGUGUGCACUCACUAACUGUAAGUCGCUCUGGAUAAGAGCGUCUGCUAAAUGACUAAAAUGUAAAUGUAAAUUGGGAUGAAGUUGGACACUGACUGGUCCCAAAUGCAAUGGGAAGUUGGUCAUCUCUUUCGCACCCAGAAUAUUGGGUUAAUACUAUAUUCUGAUGGUUAAAUCAAGCAAGAAAGAGGUGGAACGGGGCUGUACCACUUUGGAAACGGACGUAUCAAGUAGUGAGGUUUGAGGAAAAAUGUCACAGGCAGUGGAAAAUCUCAAAAUACCAAACACUCAAAAUGCAGUCCAUCUGCAAAAUCUCAAUGUAACUCUCCCAUUGACUUACAGUAUAGCCUUUUUGGCAAGUUUGAGGAUUGUGUCACACUUUUUACAUUAGAGGCACUUAAUAACACGGUAACAACACUUACUCAUGCUCUUACAGUAUAAUGUAAGUCCAUUAACUUCUACUUACCAUUUAAGAUUGUUUUGUAAGACGCUCCAUUGCUAAUGUGUCUUUUGAUUUGUUCUAUCAGGAGCUGCUCUGAGAUGUACCGCAUCCCCGUGGUGGAGUACAAGACCACCACGGCUGCUGGCUGGCACCGCGUCUCAGCCGCCCCGGGUGGCGGCCUGCCCCUGUCCCGGACCUCCCCUACACAGGGCCCCAGCCCCGGGCAGCAGAUGUUUCACUACGCCCAGGGGGCCAUCUCCCGCAGCACCUCCUUCGACAAGAAGCAACAGGACGGGACCAGGUACACCUCAGCACCCACCUCCAUCUUCUUUGGCUCAAUUGACUCAUAGUUCCUAGUUCAAACCCCCUACAUCAGAGGUACUCAAAUAUGAUCCUGGAGCGGCAAAGUGCUGCCGGUUUUCUUUUCUAACGGAGUUAACUGACUGUCACUGGUUGGUUAGAGAUUCCACUCACCAGCACUGUCUUAAUCAGUCUCUACAUAGAGAGAAGAAUUUAUAUCAGCAGUAUUUGUCUGGAGAUUUGUGUAUCCCUGCCUUUGACGCUCAAAAUCAUGCUCAAAGUGUGUGACCAAAAGAAAUACCGGUAUAUUACAUCAAGCAUGCUUCCUUGCUUGGCAUAAAGAAUCACUCAGAUUCAGAACAUCUUUUCAGAUACAUAUACGUAUUUGCUGGCCAAUCAUGUCUGACUCAUCCCAAGGACCUGUACUAAUAAUUGAAUAGGACCCAUAGCCGACUUGUUUCCUUUAGGGCCACUGAUUUGAAUGGACAGGAUAAGGUGAAAAGCAAUUUGAACCCCAGAAAAGUAGUAUUUCCUGUGUUAGCUUCAAUUUUAACGCUACCCAUUCUCAAGCCCAGAGUUUCUUCAUUUAAUUUAUUUGUCAUUUACAUGCAUUCUUUUUGUUAGUGAAAUUGUAUAAUUUUCCCGACAGGACACAAUGGCACCUCUAUCCUUAGUAUCACUCACACCGUACAACAUUAGCAUAGGCCGUGAAUAAUGAGGUCAAGGUUUUUGUAAUGUGAUUAGCAUAAAAUUAUCAAGUGGCAAGUACAUGACUGGGAAACCGAGACUAGGAUCUGACAGGAAGAAAAACAAGAUGGCGGAAGUGGCAUGUUCAUUAGGGAAAGCAACUGAGUGUUUUGAAACGAUUUGCAAUGGAAAACAAGAAUGAUCUUUUGUUAUUUGACAAGUCUAGGUAAACCGUCCCUGUUUGUCUGUUUUCUACCGUUGAUGAACUCGACCCAGCUCUACUUCCCACUCUAACAUACUGUAGCUACUAUACUUAAAGCAGUGUUUCUCACAGACCUUGGUUCAGAUGGUAUUUGCACACACAGUGGGUCCCAGGACUAGAGAAAACAACUGAAUCAAUAAUGAAUGUCGAUGAGAAGCACUCUUUGGCAUUGUGAUAUAUUGCUAACAGAAAAACGAACAGAAAAGAGACUAUAGAAGGUUAUUCCUUGUCGUUUUGUUGUUGCCCUUAUGUUGGGUCAUUUUUUACACCUGGCAUAUCUAUGGAGUGAUUUUAGUGGCAACAGAAUAUUUAUCCGAAUUUAAUAAUUGAAUUUGUAUUAUGACAUGUUUCAUUUUGUUAUCACUAAUAUCAAUCCAUAAGCGUCUGCUUUUUUUUACCCUGUAUUUAGAGUGACUGUUUCUCACUCUGUGUCUAUUAGGAAUGACCUCCAUGUUGUGCCCCUGUUAUUUAACACACGCUUUCACACACAUACGCACACAAACACACAGCGACAGCAAGCCUACCUCAGCACUGGUCUUUCGGGUAGUGUUGCAUUACAUUUCAGCUAUGCAAUUGUGCAUCAGGUUGAACGCGUGUGUGUCCAUGCCAUUGCGUGUGUGUGUGCGCAUGUCCUUUUACAACUGUGUGACAACUGUAUGUGUGCAUGUAUACAUGGGAGUAGUGCAUUUGUGUGGGAUCAGUUUGACCUUUUGUAGAAAGAAAAGCCUUUUUCCUUAUUGUCAUUGGUUUCACAGGAAUGAUUACGGCAUGGAUUGGCCUCAGGAGUGAAAACUCUAUUUUCAGAUUGGAGUGUCCUUGUAUAUGUCUGUAUGAAAGACUUUACAAGUCUACACUGAGUGUAUUAGGAACGUGUUCUUAAUGUUUUGUACAAUCAGUGUAUGUUAUAGACCUGUUUGCAACCUUUUAAAUUGUUCUUAUCAGACAUGUCUCUCUCUCUUGGAGACAUGGGCAUUUCAAAUGGAGUGCACUUCACACAGAAUAGGUUAUUGUUCAUUGCUGGGUAAAUAAUGAGAAUGACCACGUAUUUCCAAGACACCAGCCUUCUCAGUCUACCUUUUGGACCAGACCAGUUAAUAUACUGUAGUAACAUACUGGUUCUUAUAAGCACUGUGGAGCGUACCGGGAGUCACCACACCAUUACCAGCAGGAAAUAUAAAAACGGGUUUCUGGGUUAUGAUUCAUGUAACAUGGCAUUUCCCGCACACUUUUACCAUACCAUAUUUGUCAUAUGUGACACUGUCUACUAAAAAACCAUAAGUGAUAUACUCUGAGGUAGUACAAUGGAACCAUUAAGGUGACAUGUUUUCCUAAGGGAAACAGACAUGUGUGUGUGGGGGUUGUUCGAAUUCCAACACUUUGUGGCUUCCUAUUCUUAACGUGUCCCUUGGAGCUUCGGCAGCUAAUUAAGAGGGAGUGGGACUCAAUUUACAUCUGCCAACGCCUUGCGAAGCAGGACUGCUCCGAAGCUGCUGAAUAUGCAGAGUUUUAUUCCGCCCCAUCUGGAAAGACCCCUCCUCCCUUUCACGCCCCCUCAUCCCUUCCUCCCUGCCCUAUAUACCCAAUAUUAUGCAAGCUUCCUGUCGUGGAAAUGUAUGUAUACUGAGAGAGACUUGGACAAUUAUUCAAACAAUCAAUCUUUAUUUAACAUCGAUUAAUUAUUGCAAUAAUGAAGCUGGUCGACCGCACACUCUGAAGCGUGUGUGCCGAGAGCUUGACCUUACAGAGGAAUCCUGGUUCUUAUAUAGCUGACACUAAAAUGCUUAGUCAUGGCUGGUUCCACCCCUCCCAUGCAGAUCAAGUGGCAUCAUAAGCCACCUUGGGUUCAUCCUUAUGGUUAUCUGCACCAGGUGUUGUUUUAACCCCCAGCCCGGCUUAGUUUCCCAAAUGCAAGAAUGAUUAGAAACAAUGAGGGGUUUAGCUCAAGCUAUCUCUAGUGACCACACGCCCAGAUUAGCUGCAGGGAGCUGGAGUAGAAACCAUCCCUUUUACACAAACACAGCAUUAGCAGAACAGAAAUGUCUUACGCUUUGUUAAGUAUAUAAUUGUUAACUAUUAAUAUCAAACAAAUCAGGUAAAUGCGGAAUUUUUCUCUCACAUUCCCCAUUGCACGUUGACAAUCUCAUCUCAGCUUUUCCAUAUGAUCCAUGAUUCUGUAUUUUUCGAGGGCUCAGCGUUCCUCUCCGGGCCGGUGGGAGAGUUGGGUUUCACGAGUUGGAAGCUCGAGCAUCUCCCACUCCAUGGAGGCUUGGAACAGUCCGUUCAGGCUAAGAAUAGCGCCUUGCCUAAUUGUUACUUACACUAUGUUCCGCAAGUAUUUCCCCAAGCACUCUUCAUAAAUUGGUGGGAUUCUAGAAGUCCAGUUACUAUUUAUGGUCACAGUACAGUGGAUGACCCCUGUUCCACUAUUUGUAUUGUCCAUAUCUAAUAAAACGUUGUCUACACUGUUUAAUUUGACCUUUGGCUUCACAGUGGCAUAACAGACAUGGUGAGACACAAAACUAACAAACAUCAGGAGCACAAUCAUACACCGGAUUAGGUGUUGAGUUGUAUUGACAUGCCUGCAUUGUCAUGACGGCUCUUUUAUUUUGUUUGACAACUCUGAGAAUAAUAGGAGUGAUAACAUAGUCGUUUAGCAGAUUUAUGUGUUUAGUGUUUAACCAAAGUGACCCACCCAGUGGGCAAUAUAGUUUUGUCUGCUAGGUACAGUCAAAGUGUUUUCUUAGACCUAAUGUAUGUGGCCCUUUUGAGAAUCCAACUAACAACCAACCCCAUUCAACUGAGCCAUUGGAGCUGUAGCCUACAGGUGGGGAACUUGGGUGGUUCGAGGCCUCUAAACGUUCCUUUGUUGGUUUUCAGGGUACUGCAGGAAUAUGAGAUAUCCCCUACGGCCUCCUGUAGCAGUCGGGAAGCAGGACAACUCUACUGCAGUUCCCCCAGCAACCAGUCCACCUCCAGCGACCCCGGACCAUGCGGCACCUGGUCCCAGAAGGCAGGAUACAUUAACGGGUAAGUGCAUUACAUUUUAUGACGGCUAUGGUAUAUAUUUUAGGACAACUACGGUAUGCGUUUUAGGACACUCUCAACCUCAUGCCUCACCCCUCCAUGGAGAGUUACGUACACAGCAGACUGGGUUUGAAUACAAUUAUAUUCAAAUACUGUAUCUGUGCUUGAUUGAGCUUUUCUGGGGCAAUGGUACCAAUGGAAUAGUACCAAAAGUGCAAACCCUGCCCACCUAUCUGUUUAAAUGGAUAGUUCAGUCCAAAAUCAAAGUUUUGUUAGAUGUUUCCGUUCCUCAAAAUAAUCAAGUCCAUAUUUGAUGGCAUCUUGUGUGUACCGGUUACCGAUAGGCCUACAGCUAUGAGAGCAUUAAGAGAAAUCUACAGACCCCAAGCCCAAAUGAAUGGGAGAAAUGGCUAUCAUCUAUCUAAUAAGAUGCAUUUAGGUGUUUUUCUUUGCUCCGAGAUUAGAUCAACUUUAUUAUCCCAACAGGGGGAAAUUCAUUUGGCAGUGUGCUUAAAAAGACAAAGUACAUAAUACAUAGAGACACAGAAUAAUGCACAAUUAACAUUAAUAUGAAAAGUGCAACAGGCUACAUAAUAAUAAUAAUAAUAAUAAUAAUAUGCCAUUUAGCAGACGCUUUUAUCCAAAGCGACUUACAGUCAUGCGUGCAUACAUUUUUUUGUGUAUGGGUGGUCCCGGGGAUCGAACCCACUACCUUGGCGUUACAAGCGCCGUGCUCUACCAGCUGAGCUACAGAGGACCACAUGUACAUAUUUACAUCGAAAGUGCAAUACAUAUUUACACUCCUAUCAACCCUCUUAAACCAGACUAUCCCCUCCUGUGCAUAGAUGGCACAUCAUCUAUAGAGAAAGAGGACCAUAAUAAUAAUACUAUGGUCAUUUAGCAUUUUUAUCCAAAGCCAUUUUCAUAACUGUUCGGCAUUGACAGUGACCCAUACAUUUAUUUUAAAAGCCCUUUUUACCUCAGCAUUUCCAGAUACCAGCCUAAAACCCCAAAGAGCAACAAUGCAGAAGCAUCAGUGUAGUGUUUAUUCAGUACAUAAGCCCAUACUGUAUAUUCAGCAGUGUAUAUAUUCAAUACAGACAUAUAUUCAGUAUAUGUAGUGGGACCAGUCGUGUGUUAUAUGAUAGGCCAUCUCCUCUAUCUAGGACAGAACAAUGCCAUUACCACCCCCCAUCCUGGUUCUUCCAGAGACGCCAUUCCUUGACCUUCUGCAGUCCAGACAAGUCUAUAGUCGCCAGGCCAGAGGCCGCAGCUGGACCCUGGCUCUCAGGUUGCAAGGCAUUCCUUCAAUAUCCCAACAGCAUCCGUUGUGGAAAUGUGUCUGGGCAGCCGCAGCUUAACGGAUACUGUUACACACCAAGGGAAAGGUUUGAAAUAGCUCUGUGCGACUAGCCAAGUGGUGAGAAACAGUGAAACAAUGGCCAGUGGUGCGAAAAGCAGGAAGUGGGCCGGAUAAGUGUUACAAUGCACUUUUAAAGGUUCCGAUGCAAAGCAAUGGCAAAGCGUUGAGGAUGCUGUGGGAGAAUACUAUAAUUUGAACACAUUUUCUCAAUUGUAGUGUUUGGGAGCCAUGAUAUGCUGGUUAGCAUUCUCUUUUCUCUUUGAGGUGUGAGUUUUGGACAAUGAUUCUCAUUUGACAGAAUUAUUGCAUUGAAAGUUGAUACAGUUGUGAUUAGGUAGGGCAGGGGUAGGCAACCCUGUUCUUGGAGUUCCGCAGGUACCGCAGCAUUUUGCUCCAACUAGGUACUACACCUGACCAACUGAGGUAAUUGAUCAGUUAAAUGAUUGCCUAAAUUCACCUGGUCUUCCAGGUCAGUUAAAUCAAAAACAUGAAGUGCCCGCGGCGCUCCAGGACCAGGGUUGCCUACCCCUGAGCUAGGGUCUGGCAGCUUUACAUUGGAUCAUGCAGGUGCGGGUCAGUAAAAGAAAAACUGGGAGUCUGUUCGGGUAAAAAUAAAAAAAAUGGCUGACCUGCGCGUCAUUGACUGACUGUCUUCAUGGUUAGAAUGUUCAACGAAGACGUCAUAUCUUGCCUCCCCCUUUUGCAGAUUUAAACCAGUUUGCUGGUACCUCUAGCUUUAUGUCGUGUCCUUCUUUCAUGCACCUGUAGAUGCCAGUCCCCUGCACUGCUCCUGGACCAGCCGAGCGACAAGGAGGGAGAGGGCCGGAGAGAGAGGGAGCCCAAGCUGGAGAGGACCAGAUCUGCAGGUAUGGGUUACUCUUCUUCAUCACCAGCAUCAUGUUUCAGCAAUAUAAUUAUCAUCAUCAUCAUCAACUGUGCUAUGAAAGAGACUCGCCAGUCAGUAGAAAUGCACUUAGCAGAAAGGUCAGCUGGAGACAGACAAAACAGAAAGCAAUAUUAACUGUCAUUCUUACAGAUUCAAGAUUGGCAUUCACACUAAGUGUUACCAAACGUGUCAUGAUUAUGUGAUGUCAACAAAUGACAAAUGUGCUUUCAUAGCCUAUACCAUAGAUUAGAAUGACCAAAGAACUGCCAUUCCAAUACAUUUUUGGGCAUUUCAGGAACUGCAUUGAAAAAAUGCCAAUAAUGGCAACUAGGGUCAUAUUCAUUAGUUCACAAUGUAUCAAAAGGUUUUGCAAUGGAAAAUGAAAACAAGCGUUUCUUAUUGGACAAAUUCAGGUAGUCCCUCCCCACUUCAAUCUGUUUGCUUCUAUUUGGUUCCUAGUGAAUAUGACCCAGUUCAAGUCCUGAAUUUAUGGUGAAUUGACCUGACAUCAGCUCUGGUGGACCACAAGUAUUUUAAUGAGAAAAUUAUAUCUCAAAGAAAACAAUCACGAAUUGUCUUCUUCCUCUUUUGCAGAGGCCAAGUGGCACCAUCCCUCCACAAAGGUUCUGAACGUGAGGGAGAGAAGCCAGCCGAGACAAGGAGCAAAGGACUCUCCCAAUAAAUACCAACAUGUGAGUACUCAUACUUGGAAAUAGUUAUUUUAAUGUUUAAUGAGGGUUGCCAGGUUGACUUUGAUUUUACAAUGUUGGAUUUGGGUUAGUUUGUUGCGUCUAUGUCAUCUCAUGCAAUAGCCUACAUUUGAGCAUCAAUGGAAAAAAGUUAUUGUAACACUGUUUCAGGACAAAAUACCCUUUAAAUAAACAAAGUAAUUAAUUAAUCAUAUGUUUCAUUGGUUUCAUAAUAAAGCAUUAGUGUCAUCCAAUGACAGAACAUCAUGGCUAUUUGGUGAACGUAUCCCGUAGGAGUAUGUCUCGUCAAUCGGAGAAAAGGCUUCGGUAGACCUACCUAUGCGCUCCCAGAGCACCUUAUCCUCUACUAGCAACAUUCAUGGUCUUAGGUUUGGACCGCAACACAACACCCUUGACAGAUGGGCCAUGAUACCGUAUGUAUAGUAAUCUGAUCUUUAGGGAGCUGGGUGUCACACCCAGCAGUAGAGAACGCCUCGGUUACCCAUACAGCCCCAAGGCUACACAGUACGAUGGUGUGUAGCGCUAUGCCUACAGAGAACGAGGCCCCCCUCCUCUCGUCAGGUUGACUAGAACUCUCCUUGACGGAUCAGGCUGGAAAAGGUCAGCUUACCCUUGUCGGUGAUGACGUUUUUGCUAACAGCAAACUGUCGCUUCGGAUCUAUUCUCCUGUACUAUCCCCCACCCACCCCACCUAAUCUGAAAUCAAUUAAAAUGUGUAUUGAAAGUAAUGGAGACGCAUGGUGAAUAUCGAUUUAUGUGCAUUAUUUAUUUGCAUUAUCUGUGCAUUAAUAUUUCUAUAAAUGAGGAAGCAUCCCAAAAAUUGUUCCUGGAAAAAUAUUUCAAUGUUUGAAGCUUGAGGGGAUGCUGCUUCUAUUGCUAAUAAACAGAACGUGGGGGAGAAUGUAUUUGUCUCCCUGUGCAGAGCGCAUUAAAGUUUCAUAUGCCCUCCUAACUCAAAUGGAAUGGCUUGGUUUAUGGAAUUUCAGUUAAUUGCAGCUUCAGGAAUUAUUUAUCUGACUACGGUGUAGUGUAAAUGGGACCCGGGUCGACUAUGAAUAUAGCUCUCUCUUAAUAGGAGUAGGAAGCUCAAUGCUCUAAUAAAUCAAAACGUGAAUGGUUUAAAGUCCAAAACGCGUAUCAUCCAGCAACAAGAAAAGUAUGUUUUAACUGAAAUGCAGUUUUGUUACUAUAAAGGCCUGCGAAGUGGUAUGUUGAUCAUUUUCCCACACACCUUAUUGUUGGAUUAGGGUCAUUUACUGCUGUAAAUGCAUUGUAACAAUGAAGAAUCACAAUAGAACAAUAUGAACACUGUAAAGUGUACCAAACAUUUCCAGGAUCCCAAUUCCAUCAUUCUCAAGUUUUAAGCGGUUAAUAGGGAAAGGAAAGGGGGAUACCUAGUCAGUUGUACAACUGAAUGCAUUCAACUGAAAUGUGUCUUCCGCAUUUAACCCAACCCCUCUGAAUCUGAGAGGUGCGGGGGCUGCCAUAAUCGUCAUCCACGUCAAUACAUUCCGAAACAGUGAAUAAACCCACAAUGUGUUUUUCCGCUUUUAUCUGAGAUUUGAUUGAAUUGUGGCGUAAGGAUACAUAGCCUAUGUAUACUAGCUGCCGAAUCCUUGUUUCCUCAAUUCCUCUCAAAGCUCAUUGGAGGUCGGAGGGAGGGUUCAUGGAUCCUUUACGCCAAUGCGCUUUGAGAGGAACUGAGGAAACAAGGAUGGAGGAAGCAAGGAUUUGAUCGCAAAUUUACAGACACAAAUUAAUGCCGAUAACCAUUAACUAGUGUUGUUUGAUCUCCAUCUCUUCUCCCAGUCUGGCUCCAGCCACUCCAGCAGCAACACGCUCUCCAGCAACGCCUCCAGCGGCAGCAGCGACGACAAGGACCCCAUGGACCCCGAUGCCCUGGGCCUCAUCUACAUCAAGGGCGCGUCCACCGACAGCGGCAUCGACACGGCGCCUUGCAUGCCCCCGCCGCCUCCCCCUCUACCAGGCUGCAGCGGAGGUGGCGUACCGGGGGUCUCAGCCGGCCGGCCAGUCCCCCAGGAUGCCAGAGGGGAGCAGUGGGUGCUGGAGUACCCCAGGACGGGGGCGCCGGAAGGAGGGUUGACGUCGCAAGGCUACAGCACCCAGGCCACUUCGGCUGGGCACGUAACGGACGGGAGCCUGGGCGACCUGAGCGAGAUUUCCUCCAUGUCCAGGUAAGGUGUAGCUCCAAGAUAAAGUUCCCUAAGUACAGAUCUAGGAUCAGCUUCCCCUCCCCCAAUCCAUUAGUGGGGAAACCGCAGAACUCACCCAUGAUCAACGUCGAGGGGCAACUUCACCCUAUACCAAGAGGCUGACUGGAUCCCUCUUGUCUGACCAAUGACCAGUGCUUCAAUUGUGACCACGGCUCACCGAUACAGAGUACCAGCAUCUGAAAUGUUCUUCUGCUUGAUUAUUGGCCCCUCUUGUAGAGUAUUCACUCUAAAAUGAACCCUGGUACUGUAAAAUUGUAAUCAAUACUGGUACCCUUUUCAUUCCAAUUCAACCACUGCCAAUGACACAUCGUCAGGCUAAGUAAUGUGAGGUCAAACUGCCCCUGUUUUCAAUGUCUGUCAUUAUUGGCUGUGAGUUAUUUUUGCUCUAGGCAUGUACACAUUACACAUUGGCAUGAUGAGUAAGCAGGGACCGCCUAGGACAAAACAAUUGCCCUGGACUUUGACCCAGACUUGCCCACCACAACCAGCCCACGGAUACACCACCGCCCCCGCCGACGCACACACACCAGCCCUUGAUACCACCACCUAGCUGCACCACAGCUAUUGUACACUAAUGCAGUACUAUUUUCAGAGUGCUACAGAACACACAUACACACGCGCUGUACACUGUUAUAAGAGUUCUACAGAACACAUCCUGAAUUGUCAUGAUUGAACAACAUCCCAUCAUCUGAAGCCUAGAAUAAAACCGAGAAGGUAUAAUAGCUAGACAUAGAACACUGGCUGGCUGUUUUUCAGGGAGGGCUCGCUGGCUUCACUCUGUCUAAAGUAGUACAGACAGCCUAGUGAACCAAGAAAAAGACACCCGAAAUGUGCGCGUAAAGAGAAUGGUAAGUAAGCGAGUUCUAGAAGAAUAUGGCCUGGCUACCUAAUUGGAGGAUCAGGUUUCUCAGCAGCACACUUUUCUCUAGCUUAGCACAAAAAUUCUGUUGUAAUUCAUAGUUGUUUUAGCUACAGAUUAUAAAUAUAGCAACAUAGUGGAAACAAUAGCUUCAUAGUCAGAAUUAAUCAUCAUAAAAUGAAUUAAUAAAAGGCGGCUGUGCUGUGUCAAGGACUGACUUUACAACCAUUUCACUACACCCGCAAUAACAUCUGCUUAAUAUGUGUGCGCGACCAAUACAAUUUGAUUUGAUUUGACUAAUGUCAAUAGUAGGGCUUCAAACAAACAUGAACCUGUUGAAUGUAAUGUAAAAAUGUAGAAUUCCUAAAUAUACAUUCCCAAAAGUAAUUAUUUUUCAUGAGUGCCAUAAACAAUAACUAGUAAUGCUGCGUACUCCCAAGAAAGAAAAAGAAAUCACACCUUUAUGGUCAAAAUAGUUAGAAAUUGCUGCGGUGUACUGACUUUUAAAGUUCAAGUACAUAGCAAAAAUAUGAUUAAAAUAUGAAAUAUCAUAUGUUGUAGUUCCUAUUUAACAAAGUUGAGGAAUAGGGCUUGAAAUGACUCUGUCUGGCAUGUACAUCAAUCAACAAACUGUCUGGCUGGCAUCAUGUUACUGGUAUAGUUAGCCUAGUUAGUUUGCCCAAUAUUGAUGUUGUGUUAUCCAUGUCUCCCUCCCUGCCCUUGAUCCCUGGAUCCUACCGCUUCGGCUGCACUGACUUUUGCUUGUGCUCACAAUCGUCGGCUGUCCUCAUCUUCUGCUAGAACUCUUUGACCCGGGGCUGUGGCGUCCUCCUCGGCAUGGGCUACAUGCACGUUGACGUUAGCAUUGGCUCUAGCAGCAGCACUACCGAAUAAGUCUGUUAAUUUCCUACAUUCGGCUGCAUCUGACUCAAGGGACUUUUUUGUCCCUUAACUUUCCAGCCCCACCUUUUUGCGUUUUUUUUAGUGUGGUGGUGUUACUUUUCCAUGUUGAUUUGGGAGUUUUCCUACGCGGACUUCUCUUGAUAGCUAGCUCAACUUCUCGUGAACGGGAGCCCCUGCUAGUUUUUCUCCACACUCUACUUGGUUCACUAUCACUACGACUCUCUGGUUCGUUCGUAUGUUGUCUGGGCUGUGUUCAGUGAACGGAAAUGUUUGGAACGUUGCAGAUAGAAAUGUAAUAAAUAGAGCUGACACAACUCUCUAAUGUAGUGUUAGCCAUUUCGGUGCUCCAGGUGGCUAGUCUGCUACUGUGAGUAAGGCUAAAUAGGUCAUUGUUGCGAGGCUGUGCCUGCACUAUUUGUUAUUCAUUCACAUAGACACCGGGCACAUCAGCAACGAUAAUGACGCUAAAGUAGCCAGCUAACCUACUUAGCCAGCAACUAAGCAAAAAACACCAUGUCGUCAUCAUCACAGAAUCUCCCCACCAGAUUUCCAAUCCAUUAUUCUCGCACUUCCUCUCUAAGCUUGUGCACAGUAGCCUGGAGUCAAGGUUACCUUUCCAACAUUUCAUGUCCUUCAUUUUUGGGUCAGACAGAACGAAACAGAGUAUACACUUUCCUGCCCUCCAUUUUGGGGUCAGACAGUAUGAGCCCAACUCUGCAGUUUCCUGCCGGGCUAGGCUGAGAGGUGACACCAGUUCCCCCAUUUUGGGGUCAGAUACGACCAGAUAUAGUCUUCAUUUUCAUGCUGUGCCAGGCUGAGUCAAACUGCAGUUUCCUGCCGGGCCAGACUAAAUGUAACCCUCCUCCUCUACCUAUUGCGCACAGCCUAUAUAAGCCUGGGCUAUCAACCACUCUAAGUUGGCCUUAGUGGGAGUGGCCAUAGAAUUCUAAUACUUUACUCAGUGCUCUACUGAGUAAAGUAUUUGUCAUUUAAUUUUAGCGAAUCACACGACUUCGAGGCGUGCCUCUGUUUUUGUGAUGUGCUAGCAUACGGGGAGGGUUACGUGGAAAGUGUUCUGGGAGAUGAUUGGUUUUUAGAUUAAGCCAAUGCCUAUGCACCGGAAGUUUCUCUGGGCUCUCUGUAUUGGCUAACAAAGGCCAAGUUGGCGUGUUGGUCCACCAGACUCUUUGUGCAUUUGGGUCGAAAGUGUCUGGGAACAAGAUUAGGCUAAAAGGUGACGACCGGUCUGCCAUGUUGUGGCAGGCUCACUGUGGCCAUGGCAUGAUCCUGCCUCCCCCCGCAGUGUGCACAAUGCAGCAUUUAAUGAGGUGUGACACAUUUGCCCUUCGCUGCCAGCGGCACCAAUGCAGUUUCAUCAUGCCCCAAUUCGUAUCACUAUGUUGUCCACAUAGGCAGGGUUGGCAUGAAUUCUGCUGUAGUAGGCUAGUGGAGUCAUAGCAGUUGGGAUCAAAACCUGCUCCGAGAAUCACACCGAGCCCAUCGUGAGGAGAACCACUGAUAUGGGUGGCAGGGUUUGGUUCAAUUCCGUCAAUUCAGGAGGGGAAUUAUCCCUCCUGAUAAUCCCCUGAUUUGACUGAUAUAAAAUGGACUGACCCCAACCCUGGUACCUAUACAGGUAGUAGCUGUUUUCAUCAUUGUUGGACCCCUCUGUGAGCAGGUUUUUGUUGUUGCCUUCAUUUUGUCCUGUAUAAUUUGACCUGUUUAUGGACUAUGAUGCGGAUAUCUUAAGAUGAAUACACGUACUGUAAGUCGCUUUGCAUAAAAGCGUCUUCUAAAUGACAAAAAUGUAAAUGUAUGUCAUACUGUAUCAGGGUUUCUCACUUGAGAGAAAGAUACUUUAAAUAAAUGUACCUUACUUGGUAGAUUUGAAGGACUGUAAGCAGGUCUCUACUAAUGAUGUGGAUUUUCUGUGAAUAUGGCGAGUUUGGAAUUAAAGUAAUCUUACACAUUUGUCCUCUUGUACUGGAUUUUUGGUUGCCACUCAUCUUUGACGUAAUUGGCCAACUGUGAUCACAUGCUUCUGUCUCGGUUUUCCUAGUGGCUCACGGCACUCUGGCAGCCCUUCGGAACGUGUUCCGAAGACCUCCACCUCGGUCGACUCCUCCAAAGUCUACACAGUCGUCUCCGGCGGCACGGCGACAGGGGCGGGGCUUAAUGGUCCCGUCCAUGCCCGCCAAUCACCAGGUGAAGAGUAUCUGAUUGGCUGGAAGAAAGCUGAGGAUGGCUCUCCAAUGGAGGAUCCGGGCAGGCCAAAAGACUAUGGGUGAGUAAAGAAGCAGUGUUUUGUGGGGUUAUAUUCUUACUUGGACAUACAACUUGUUCCUAGAGUGCUGUCAACAUGCUCUAUAGCACAGUAAUAGUUGUCAGUGCCACACGUCCUUUUUCUCCCUCCCUCCCAGACUGACAAUUUUUCAACCUCGACUCUAAGUAAACCAUUGAAAUAAACCCCAUCGUCCUAUUUUAAUAAAGAAGCCACAAGUACGUACGUGCUAACCUUUGGCCAGGUCGCCCUCGCAAGCAAGGCUUCUAACGUCAAGGGUCUUUCUUGGUUAAGUUAACUUAACUGGAAAAAAAGAUGGCGCGCUGACAAACUGUCUGCCUUGGUCCUGUUGAAAAUGUGGCAAGCCAUACCAACCAAAGGCCCCCAUUUUAGACAGGUUCUGAUCAAAGGGGACAGCCAUAUUGAAAGUAACCGCUGAUGACCUGAUGCUCUGACAGAAUCCUCUUGACACAUGUCGCAUCUUAUUAAAAAGUUGGAAUUGAAGCAGUGUCCUCAGGCAUUUAACUAGUGUCAAGUGUCCUUCGGCAAGUGCAACCUUUUCUGAUCUUUUCUGUUCACAAAAUAGCCCUCGUAGUGGGCAUUGUGGCUCCAAAAUAAACAUAACAUUUUAGAUGGACGGGACUGCACAUAGCUAAUACAAAACAAGUUUGGAUUCCUGCUGCUGCUGUAGCAUUAGCAUUGGUGGACAGUUGUCAUUGUUUUGUUGUAUUAUAUCAUGGCAUGACAGAUUUCAUUGUAAUUUUGAUGGUUGGUGGAGGAUAACAAGAGUAGAGCAGUAUUUUCAUCCACACUUUACAUCACAUUGGCCUUAUUUCAAUGUAACUAUUAUGUAGUUUGUGCUAGGUAUGUAAGAACAAGUAGUUAGUGUACUUACCCCUGUAAAUACAGAAACAAUUAGCACAAGUAACAGAUUUAUUACAUACAGUGCAUUCGGAAAGUACUCAGACCUGUUAAAUGGAUUAAAUAAUUUGUUCCCUCAUUAAUCUACACAUAAUACCCCAUAAUGACAAAACAAAAACAGGUUUUUCGAAGUUUUGGCAAAUUUAAAAACUGAAAUAUGACAUUAACAUAAGUGUUCAGACCCUUUACUCAGUACAACCUCCUGAGUGGCGCAGUGGUCUAAGGCACUGCUAACUGUGCCACUAGAGAUCCUGGUUCGAAUCCAGGCUCUGUCGUAGCCGGCCGCGACCGGGAGACUCAUGGGCGGCGCACAAUUGGCCCAGCGUCGUCCAGGGUUGGGGAGGGAAUGGCCGGCAGGGAUGUAGCUCAGUUAAUAGAGCAUGGCGUUUGCAACGCCAGGGUUGUGGGUUCGAUUCCCACGGGGACCAGUAUAAAAAAAAAUGUAUUCACUAACUGUAAGUCGCUCUGGAUAAGAGCGUCUGCUAAAUGACUAAAAUGUAAAAAUGUAAAUGUACUUUGUUGAAGCAGCUUUUGGCAGAAAUUAUAGCCUUGAGUUUUCUUUGGUAUGAUGCUACAAGCAUGGCACACCUGUAAUUUUGGCAGGGUUUGCAUGAAUUUCUGUGUCUUUAAUCCCAUGGGUUGGGCAAAACUUUUUAAAAUCCCCCCGGCCAUCAAGAAACCCCGUUGGGGUCCGGGUCUGGUAAUUAGAGGGGAAUUUCCCCUUGUUUUGUGUAUAUAAAAUGGCGCCCCCAGGUUUUCAUUGAAAUUUUAAUUUGUUGGUCAUGAGCAGUUUUUUUUUUCCUUUCCAUUGGCCUUUUAAUUUCCCUUUUUUUUGCUAGAUGGAACUUUAGUGAAUACCCCUAAAAACACCUUUGCAUAAAGGUUCAAAUGCCAAAAAUUAAAUUUUAUGUAUUAUUUUUCCCCUUUUUUUUCCCCUUAUGAAAAACAAAAAAGUUUAAUUUGAAUUUUAAACUGAAGGGCCCUUAAGUUGGGAUUUUCUGUAAAUAUGGCGAUUUGGAAAGGGGAAAACUUACCUUUUGUCCUUUGUCCGGUUUGUAGCCACCAUCUUUGCGUUUGGCCAACCGUGUCCAUUUUGUCCGGGGUUUUUAAAGUGGUCACCCCCCCUUGGCACCCCGGGGGACGUGUUCCUACGACCCCCCCUCAGCAUCCUCCCAAAAUUAAAAAGUUCUGGGGCACGGCGAAAGCGGGGUUUUUGGUGUCCAAACCCCCGCCAACGAGGGGGUUUUCUUUUUUCCCGGGGAAAAACUAAAGCCCCCAAGGGGAUGGGGGCCCAAAAGCUAUUGGUAAAGAAGGGUUUUUUGUGGGGGUUGAUUCAAUUGGGACCCCCUCGUUGUUUUGGCUCUGUGCUUAGGGUCUUGCCUUUUUUUGGAAGGUAAACCUUACCCCCAGUCUAGGCCUGAGGCCGGAGCAGGUUUUCAUCAAGUUUCCUCUGUAUUUUUGCUCGUUCAUCUUUCCCCUCGUCCUGACUUUCCCCAGCCCCUGCCACUGAAAAACAUCCCCACAGCUAUGCGCACCCCCUGUUUUCCGUAGGGAUGGUCCAGGUUUCCUCCGACGGAAAACUUGGCUUCAGGCAAAGAGUUCAAUCUCGGAUUCAUCAGACCAGAGAAUCUUGUUUCUCAAGGCCAGAGUCCUUUAGGUGCCUUUUGGCAAACCCCAAGCGGGCUGUCUUGUGCCUUUUACUGAGGAUGGGCUUCCAUCUGGCAACUCUACCAUAAAGGCCUAAUUGGUGGAGCGCUGCAGAGAUGGUUGUCCUUCUGGAAGGUUCUCCCAUUGUCACAGAGAAACUCUGGAGCUCUGUCAGAGUGACUGUCGGGUUCUUGGUCACCUCCCUGACCAAGGCCCUUCUCCCCCGAUUGCUCAAUUUGGCCGGGCGGACAGCUCUAGGGAGAGUCUUGGUGGUUCCAAACUUCUUCCAUUUUAAGAAUGAUGGGGACCUUUUUUUGGUACCCUUACCCAGAUAUGUGACUCGACACAAUCCUGUCUCGGAGCUCUAUGGACAAUUCCUUUGUCCUCAUUGCUUGGUUUUUGCUCUGACAUCUACUGUCAACUGUGGGACCUUUUAUAUAGACCAGUGUGUGCCUUUCCAAAUCAUGUCCAAUCAAUUUAAUUGACCACAGGUGGACUCCAAUCAUGCUGUAGAAACAUCUCACAGAUGAUAAAUGGAAGCAGGAUGCACCUGAGCUCAAUUUCGAGUCUCAUAGCAAAGGGUCUGAAUACUUAUGUAAAUAAGGUAUUUCUGCUUUCAGUUGUAAUACAGUUACAAGAAUGUCUAAAAACAAGUUUUCACUUCGUCAUUUUGUGGUAUUGUGUGUAGAUUGAGGGAAACAAUUAAUUUAAUCAAAUUUAGAAUAAUGCUGUAACGUAACAAAAUGUGGAAUAAGGGAAGGGGUCUGAAUACUUUCCGAAUGCACUGUAGAUACUAAGGUAUUUAUAAGGCCAAUGUUAUGUGAGGUGUGACCAUAUUUUCUUCCUAAGUAGCAUAGCAAUUUUGACAGCUAUAUGCUUGUACUUUAUCAUUAUUUCCCUCCUUUUUUCACUUUGGGUUUUCUACAUCAGUGGAGUGGAAGGCGUAUUGUCUUACCUACUAAAGACUCUUACACUGAGAUCCAGGUACACUAGCAUUACAGAACCCUGUUUGGUUCAAUAAACCUGGAUGUACACUUUAUUUUCCAGUCCGCUAUUUCCAUAGUAUUUACUAAGAAAUGUCAUUGUAAAACUGAAACCUGUUUCUUUUAGAUUAAAACCACCAUUUGGUUGUAUGGAAGUCUUUUUAAGUUAAGUGCAUCAUUUCUUAGUAAAUAUCGGACAGAGUCCGGUUGAAAUGGGGUGGUAAAAUAAAUCGUUACCCACUUUGUCACUUGCAUGGUGUCUGUAUACAAUGCAACCUGUGCCUCCUGUGACACCUCAACCCCACUCUGUGUGUUUGCCUGGAAACGGCUGCUCCCCAAACUAGAUGCCCUCCAGUUGAGGAACUGUGAUUAAGUUUGGCUCCGAACAGCAUAUUGUAAAAGUUUACGCCCCCUGUUUGGGGGGUGUGUGUGUUGAUAUUCGACUUUCAAUAACCCUGUACUGUAGUUAUGGUAGUAUCCUUCUUUCUUAUUUUGUCCUUCCCAAAGAGCUGUGUAAUGUGCUGCCUGGUCAUACUUCUGAUAGCUUUGUUUCCAUAAUCUUACUGUGGUUUGGUCUUACUUUUCUUCAGGAAUGUCCUUACUCUCCCACACGUGUCACUGUGCCCCCUCCUCUACCUCACCUUUGUUGGCAAAUCCCAAAUGACCCCCUAUUCCACAUGUAGUGCACUGACCAGGAAUGGGUGUUAUUUUAGACACAUUCUUUGUUCAGGAGAGACUGCCUUCCACCUACCCUUGUAAGAAACUGCAAUGAAACUGAUGAGCUUGUCUCUAAUUCAAUUCUCCUACCUUUGUUUUUUCCCACCAUCUACAUCCUCUCCCUGCCUGUUUCUCAUCCCUCUCUCUCUUUCUUCCCUUCUUCCUCCACCUCACUUUCUCUCUUCCCUCACUUUUCCCUCUACAUUCUCUACCAUUUAUCGCUUUCUCUCGCUCAACCCUAUUUCACUCUCUCUCUUCACUCUCUUUUCUGUUUCCCCUCUUCGUCCCCCCCCCUGCCCAUUGCACCCCUUGUCCUCCCCUGGGGAGCAGGCUGCGGGCCAUGCUGGUUGCAGAUGGCCAGCUCCAGAAGGUCCAGCCCAGCCUGACCAGAGAGGCCUUCCUAAAGAUGAUGCUGCCCGACAGUCCCCCCGGGGAAGGGGGACGUGGCAAGGUGAGCCGCUGCUCCCGCUAGUUUUUCUCCACACUCUACUUCACUAUCACUACGACUCUCUGGUUCAUUCGCAUACUGUCUGGGCUGUGUUCAGUGAAGGGAAAUGUUUGAAACGUUGCAGAUAGAAAUGUAACAAAUAGCGCCGACACGAUUCUCUAAUGUAGUGUUCCCCUUUUCCUCCUCUGACAACGAGUGUCUCGCUUUAAUUUCCCUCCCUCCUUCAGUCGGCUCCUUCCUCCGCUUGACAUAAUCCAUUCAGAUUGGUUGUGAUAUUAAAAAUCAAGGCUGGCAUCGUUUUCAAAUCAACUGAAAUUAAAACCAAGGGGGGGUUAUAAGGCGCCAGACUCGCGCUAACCUUUUCCUAGUGCAGCUUCCCUCCGCCUGUCGAAAGGUUCAUUUAGACGUCUCCUGUUCAAUGCCACCUGCCAUGGGCGACUAGCGUCAGGAAAAACCCCACCACUUGAUGUAAAGGCUCUUGGGUAAUUAGAAGAAGACAAUGUGGCCAGGAAACAAGUGUGGAGGUGGAAUGGGAAGGGGUUGAUAGAAAUGGAUUUUAUCUGGGAGCUAGCAAGCUGCUCUUCAGACCUCUUUGUUCACUGAUUGAAAAAGACAUCACAGGACAGAAAGAAAAUGGUAUUGAUACCAACUACUAUGCACAGGGAAGCUAUCAUCAGAUAAUUGAGGGGAAAUGAUUGACUCUCAUUUUUGGCACUGUGGCAGACCGACGUUACUGUUUUGCCAAUUUUGUGAUAGAUUCAACCAGUUUAGCACAUACCAGUUGGCGCUUGAAUCACCCCUUCCGUGGUGCAGCCCUCCGAGAUGAUAAAUGUAUCAUAAUAUUCUGUCUCCCUUUUUCCCUCCCUUAUUUUCUCCAUCCCUUCCCGCAGAGUCUGACUGGUCCUGGCGGCCUGCCCAUGUCCCCGCGGAGGUCCCUGUACCGGACCCUGUCAGACGAGAGCCUGUGCAGCAGCCACAGGAAGUCCCUGGUCAGCUCCCGAAGUUCUCUCCUGGACCAGGCCCUGCCCAACGAUAUCCUUUUCAGCACCGCCGCUGGGCCCUACCACAGCACCCUGCCACCUCGCAUGAACCUCGGCCACAGCCACGGGGCGCCCCUACACAAGAGUGAGUGUCUGCCCGUUUAGGGUUUAGAGUUUCGGAUGUUUAGGGUAGCUGGCUAGCUAGUCGGUCUUGUCGGUUGUGAGCAUAUAAUUCAAUAGAACAGAUAGAUAAUAGAUACUUUAAUGUAUCUCUAUGGUUAAGCGGGAAUACGGAUGGCCAACCUUUCUCCUGGAGAGCUGCCGGAUGUAUACGCUUUUGUUCCAGUCCUGCUCUAACCCACCUGAUUCACCUAAUACAGUUUUUUCAAGGCCGUUUUUACCUUAAAAUCAAAACAUGUCCAAACUGUAUAGUCAGUGUUAAAGUACCAAAGUCUGCUUUGCAUGUAUUAUGUAUUAGUGAAACCUUGGAGUUCAAUUAGGAAUGGAACGCGUGUUACGAAAUCAGUCGUCCAUUAAUGUAUCUACCAAAGAUGGAAUGCUCCUGAGGUGUAGUAACAAGUCAAAUGGUGCUGAGUGGACAGCUGCAUUCAUCUACUCCUGAAAAGCCCACUCUGUGAUAUUUACAGUCACUUUUAUAUUUCUCCAGCCCCAUUCCUCAGCUUUAUUUUACAUUUACAUUUUAGUCAUUUAGCAGACGCUCUUAUCCAGAGAUAAGAGUGAGUGCAUACAUUUUUUAAAUAUAUAUAUAUAUUUUUUUCAUACUGGCCCCCCAUGGGAAUCGAAUCCACAACCCUGGUGUUGCAAGCGCUAUGCUCUACCAACUGAGCUACACAGGGCUUUAUAGUAAACAAAGUGGCGGGGCAGCCAUUUUGAGUUUUAAAUUAAGGAGUGGGCCAUAGGAAUAAAAAAUAUCUAACUGUGAGCUCAUUGUGGUCAAUUAAAUGCAAACGCCCUUGCCAGUCUGAAGCUGAACUUUACGAGACCUAUCGUAAAAGCUACAGCAUAUGCCAUUUUCAAUUUCCCAUCUGUCUUGUAUUAGGUGAGAAUUCGUAGGUGUUAAAUUGAUGCAAACCUAUUUUAAAAAGCUGUCUGUUUUUAAGAAACACAGCAAGAUAUUGGAUCUUUUCCACUGGGAAAACAUCCCAGUAUGUGCUAUGUAUCCCAGUAUGUGGUAAUUGAGUAUGCAAGAUAUUAACACUUUCACUGUCGGUCCUCCUUGCGUUCUUUGUUGAAACAUUCUAACCACUGGAUGUAUUUCACAAUGACACAAAGGGGCUGCCCCCCCCCCCCCCCCCCCAACAUUUACAUAACACUGUAAUAGGUGUCUCCAGCGAUCACAUGUCAAAACGUGAGAAUUCCGGAAUGGACCACUGAGGCGAAUGUUCCCCCUCAAAAAAUCACCACUCAAAGGGUUAGCCAGCCAACAAUCACAAAUCCACUGCUUUCAGCUCAUUAUCACAAGCCGUGGAGGUGUGUGUGUGUGGAUAUGUGAUUGCUGUGUCUUAUUCAGAUCACCUUUAACUCUGCCGGGGGGCUGUGCUGUGCUGUCUGCGAUCAGAAGCCAGAAUGAAGGAUCAUGAACCUCCAGCUGUGCAAAUGACUGAAAGCCUGUGCGUGUGUGUGUGUGUGCGUACUCGUGUGUGUGUGUGUGUGUUUCUAUGCACAUAUUUGUGUGCCUAGGUUUGUGUGUGUCUGUUCGCCAAAGCUGACCUCUGUGGGCAUCCCCUAGAUGCAGGUUAAUUGUCUGUCUGGUGGGGGGAAGCUCCCCCUUCCUCUCCGUCCUCUAAUCAGCUUUCAACAGCAGACUGUGACAUUGGGUUAAAAAAAAAUAAUAACUGUGUUCUUGGCAGUUUUCCAAGCAGGACUGCAAUUUGAGUAUGUACUCGUUUUGCAUUUUUUUCACAUUUUGUGUGUGGGGGGGGUUGUCUCGCACAGUCAAUUUGGUGCAAAUUGAACAGGCUGAAUGGUAUUUGCUUCAAGGGGAAUUGCAGAUGCCUCUUAAAAAUGUAUGUUAAGGUGAUACAAGUUGUAUGGAUACCUCUGUGAGAUGUUUGUCUUACGCUUUGGUGGAAAGUGCCCAUCUUUCAUUUUUUUAUUUUGUGUUUUUACUGACUUUGAAACCUAAAACCCUGAAAUUACUUUCUAAAUCUGCAAGCAGUCUGGGCUUAACAUAGGAGCAGGUGUUCCAAGUGGAGAAUGGAUGAGCACUGAUGUCUCAUUAUCGGGAGGGAGAGUGAGAGCGGGAAGGAGGAGGAAAGAAAGGAGGGAGGGAAGAGGGAGGGAGCACCAACUGUUCCCUUCACCCAAAUCGGUGAGCCUGUCGGUCACUUAUCUAAACCAAAAUGUCUCAUCUCUACAGAUGAGCUGUGGUUCUCUGACAGCUCCCUGGCCGACCGCUGCAAAAUGGCCGAUGGCAGCCUGAUGCCCCUCCCGGAAGCAGUGUCUGGCCUGGACUGGUCCCAUCUUGUUGAUGCCGCAAGGGCUUUUGAAGGUAAGGACAACAUCUAGAUUCAUCAUACUCCCGCAUGGCAUUAAACAAAAUGGAGUGCUUAUUCACUGUUUGAUCUUUUGAUGCUCCCUAAAGCUUAGAUGCGUUUGAACAAUGUCAAAAGGAAAAGGUUAUCUGUUGUAACUCAACAUUCAAGGAACAUCCUUUUGACUGACUUUCUUAAAGCACUUAAAAGCUGGACCAACAAAGGUUAUGGGAAUGUUAUCCUCUAACCUACCAGAAACAUUGUUCCCUAACCUACCAGAAAUGUUCUGGGAAUGCAGAAAUGUUAGCUAGGUGUAAGUGGUACCUGAUUAACAUUUGCUGCUACCAAGGUCCCUGUCAGGUGUCAUACUGUCAAAGGCUGUCAAGUCUUUUGUCCCCAGUUCUCAUCAGGCUUUCAGAGCUUGAACUGUUACCCUUUUGUUCAGUGUCUAAAUUGUACUCAAUGUUUUUUUUCCCAUUCUGGUCAAUUUAGGUAUCUAAUUUGGUGUGAAAUUCAAAAUGCGAAAAGACCAUUAUAAAAGUUGUUUUUCUUUUCUCGUAAUGUUCAGAUGUGAAUUCAUUGUCUGUCGUCCAAUUAAAGUCUGCCAAAUUCAUUUGCUGAAGCGACUGGACAUGAAUUAAGAUUGACCCUCAAUAUCAUCUUGACCCAGUUAAAAUCUUCAGUCUCUCCCAUUAUCUGUGUCUGCCUUGAACUCAGUCUGUCUACCUCGAGGUGCUAAUUAGCAGGAAGUGGAAGGAGAGAGAGCGUAUUUUUGGUCUUGAGAAAUGAAGCAUUAUCACAAUGGAGCGCACAGCAAGGAACCAUUUUGCCAAAUGAUUCAACGCCGCCUCGCGCCGUAAUUGCACCCCUUGCUUGCACACUUUCUCUGGCAGUUAUAGCUUCGCUACCUCUGGAGUGUUUUUCUGGUAACCUGGAAUGAUGUGGUGAGCAACAGGGUGAUAUACUCCCGAUUUUUUUUUCUUUUCUUUUUUUUCUGCAAAUGGCUUCUGCUUCCUUCGUGACCAACUGAUGUUUAUAGACUGGAUAGGUUGGAACCGGUGACCACAUUUCUUUCACCCUGAGCAGCGAGGGGUGGGGCCGGGUACGCCAUUGACUAGCAUCGGGCUGCACAGCAGCCUUCGAUUUGCAUACAUGUCAACAACAGAGAAAAGAGGGGGAACUAAUUUGCUUGGAGAGUCGUGGGAGUGCUGACCCUGGCAUUUAUUAGCCCAGGCUUGCCGUGUCGUUUAGUUGACUUAUUUUGUUUUGUGGUGCUCGCUGUGUGCUCUAAAGGCAGUGUUGCUAAGCACGCAGAAACACUAGCAUGCUAGUCCUCAUUAGAAAUGCCUGGGGGGCAAAGGGCGGGGUGAGCAUUAGUAGCGACUAGCGAGCAUUAUUUCUGUUUCCGUAGACCCACGCAUACUAGAACAGGACAAAUGGUUCACAUUCACAGCCAAGAGUGCAGCAGAACAGACAACACAGACAUUCCUCUCUCCUUGCGCGUCUCAUUGUUCAGUUGUGAUUCAUAUUUAUCAAUGAUAACUUAACCUCAAGUUUUAUCUUAGACCGUUAGUUUUUUCCAUAUUGAACAUUACAGAAAAUGUCAUGGGAUGUUGUUUUAGUUGUUUCCAUCUCAAUAUAGGCUAGUGCUUUUUCUAAAGGAAAAGUGAAGAUCUCCCUCUUUUACUUUCUUCCUUGUCCUCCUUUGUAUUCUUUGUUUUCCACUAUGAUAAUCACUUCACCUGUGAUUUACUUCAGUCAACGUUAAGUCAAUGUUGAGACUGUCAAUUAGAACAGAGAGGGAUUGUUAAAAGGGAGAAAGAGAGAGAUGUGUGAAAUUAUGGGUGAGAUUUUCACAGCUUCAAUCUCUCGCUCUUCAGUGAGACACUUAUCUUUACUGAGAACCCCUUUCAUCUCUCUUCCCUCUCUCGCGCUCCCCCUUUUCUCACUCCUUAGCGAGAACAAUCUUAGCAAGAACGGCUCCCAUCUCUUUCCCCUUCUCCCUCCUUUCUGUCCUCAAAUACCACAUUCCAAACCCACGUCACCUCUCAACACUGUCCAACUAUUGAGAAGAUAGACGCAUGUGGAGGUGGGGUGGGGGGGGGGUGCUGCUCUUUCGCUAGAAACUUAACCUACAUUUCCUCACUAAGACCCCCAGCUUUCUAAAGGGAUAUGUGAUGCCGGCUCGGACAUCUGCUAGGCUGUUCUGACUUCUCACAAUCCCCCCCUUUCUUGUUUUCUUCCCUAUCCAGAAUUGUCCUAUGCUCUCUAUCUGGAAGGUAACAAUAGUGUGCUGUGCCGUGUCGGUUACUACGGAAGGGGACUGGCUUCUAGUGUUUCUCAACUCGGCAACCCAUUGGACUGCACUUUAUUGUUCUAGCCCAGUGCUAACGCACUUGAUUCAACUAAACAUGGGCUGUUUGAGUUGUUGAAUCAAGUGUGUUAGUGUUGGGCUAGAACAAAAAGGUGCAGUCAUGUGGGUCUUUACAGCUGGAGUUGAGAAUCACUGGCUUACAGUGCCUUCGGAAAGUAUUCAGACCCCUUGACAUUUUGUUAGGUUACGGCGUUAUUCUAAAAUUUAUUAAAUAGUUAUUUUUCCUCAUCAAUCUACACACAAUACCCCAUAAUGACAUAGCAAAAACAGGUUUUUGGACAUUUUUGCUAAUUUAUUAAAAAUAAAAAAAAUAAAAAAUCAUAUUUACAUAAGUAUUCAGACCCUUUACUCAGUAUUUUGUUGACGCACCUUUGGCAGCAAUUACACCCUAGAGUCUUCUUGGGUAUGACGCUACAAGCUUGGCACACCUGUAUUUGGGGAGUUUCUCCCAUUCUUCUCUGCAGAUCCUCUCAAGCUCUGUCAGGUUGGAUGGGGAGCGUCGCUGCACAGCUGUUUUCAGGUCUCUCCAGAGAUAUUCAAUCGUUUUCAAGUCCGGGCUCUGGCUGGGCCCCUCAAGGACAUUCAGAGACUUGUCCCGAAGCCACUCCUGCGUUGUCUUGGCUGUGUGCUUAGGGUCGUUGACCUGUUGGAAGGUGAAUGUUCGCCUCAGUCUGAGGUCCUGAGUGCUCUGGAGCAGGUUUUCGUCAAGGAUCUCUCUGUACUGUGCUCAGUUCAUUUUUGCCUCAAUCCGGACUAGUCUCCCAGUCCCUGCCGCUGAAAAACAAUCCCACAUUAUGAUGCUGCCACCACCUUACUUCACCGUAGGGAUGGUGCCAGGGUUCCUCCAGACGUGACGCUUGGCAUUCAGGCCAAAGAGUUCAAUCUUUGUUUCAUCAGACCAGACAAUCUUGUUUCUCAUGGUCUGAGAGUCUUUAGGUGCCUUUUGGCAAACAGCAAGUGGGCUGUCAUGUGCCUUUUACUGAGGACUGGCUUCCGUCUCGCCACUCUACCAUAAAGGCCUGAUUGAUGGAGUACUGCAGAGAUGGUUGUCCUUCUGGAAGGUUCUCCCAUCUCCACAGAGGAACUCUAGAGCUCUGUCAGUGUGACCAUCGGGUUUUUGGUCACCUCCCUGACCAAGGCCUUUCUCCCCUGAUUGCUCAGUUUGGCCGGGCGUCCAGCUCUAGGAAGAGUCUUGGUGGUUCCAAACUUCUUCCAUUUAAGAAUGAUGGAGACCACUGUGUUCUUGGGGACCUUCAAUGCUGCAGACAUUUUUUGUUACCCUUCCCCAGAUCUGUGCCUCGACACAAUCCUGUCUCGGAGCUCUACGGACAAUUCCUUCGACCUCAUGGCUUGGUGUUUGCUAUGACAUGUGCUGUCAACUGUGGGACCUUAUAUAGACAGGUGUGUGCCUUUCCAAAUCAUGUCCAAUCAAUUUAAUUACCACAGGUGGAUUCCAAUCAAGUUGUAGAAACAUCUCAAGGAUGAUUAAUGGAAACAGGAUGCACCUGAGCUCAAUUUCGAGUCUCAUAGCAAAGAGUCUGAAUACUUAUGUAAAUAAGGUAUUUAUUUAUUUAUUUUUAACCUGUUUUCGCUGUGUCAUUAUGGGGUAUGUGUGUAGAUUGCUGAGGAUUUCUAUUUAUUUAAUCUAUUUUAGAAUAAGGCUGUAAUGUAACAAAAUGUGGAAAAAGUCAAGGGGUCUGAAUACUUUCGGAAGUUAAUGUAUAUUAUACUGUGGGGCCUUAACUGUGUGAAAUCCAGUUAGCUCUCAUAUUUAACCCACCACCUGCACGUGCGACCCUCUUCACCCACAGAGAGAGUGGAUCCAGUUGUUAUAUACAGUGCCAUGAAAAAGUAUUUGCCCCCUUUCUGAUUUUCUCUAUUUUUGCAUAUUGUUGAUACUGAAUGUUAUCAGAUCUUCAACCUUUAUCUAUUAGGUUUUGGUUGAAGAUCAGUAUCAAAAAUACGCAAAAGUAGCAAAAAUUAGAAAGGGGGCAAAUACUUUUUCAAAGCACCGUAGCGCCAUAAUUGUUGCUUUUAGAAUAGACCAUGGCAAAGGUUUAGGGAUGGCAGCUAACUAUAGCACUUUCACAGGAUCCAUUCUACUCUACAUCAUUCUCUCCACCUCCAUGGUUGCAAGAAUGGACUGCUUAAAAGGGCUGCGCCAGAAUGUGCCUUUCCUUAGUACAUUGCUUUUGGAGCAUUUAAGAGCUACUGUAGCUUAUUUGCACUGAAAGUGCACUAUACACAGUGUGGGUAGCUGAACUGUAUCUGAGGGAUGUGCUGUCUCCUCUCGUGUUUUCAGGUCUGGAGCUCGACAAGGAUGCCAAUCGCCUGUGUGAUAAAGACAGUCAGAAAGAAUCACUAGGUGACCUUGACAUUUUGCUCAACAAAGCACUGGGUUCUCUUUACUCUUUUUUGUCUUCUCCUCUUUAUUGGAAUUACUUUUACUACCACUCUAGUUAGUUACUGCCAUUAGAGCUUCUUUCACCUUUACUGCCAUUGGUGCUUUUGCUAUUACUGCUAUGGAACCUCUACAACUACUACCAUUUUAUUUAGUAUGAAAUCAAAUUAGGGUUUCUACUAGCAUUUCUGUUAAUACUACCACAGCUACUACUACAACAGCUAAUGCUUCUGUAACACUACAGUGGUUACUACUACCACCACCACUAUUACUACCACCACCUUCUACUACUAGCUGCCUAGUGUUACCCUCAACCACUACUUCUAUUGUGAUGUUUUCUCCUGCUAACUUUUGUUCCAGCCUAGCACUAACACGCCUGAUUUAAACUGCUCUUCUAAUCUGGCAUUUCCAAGCAGUUAGGGACUAUCUUAGUCGAGAUGUGUGUCAUGGUAUUUAAAGAUGCACUAUGCAAAAAUCGCUCUGCCAUUUCCUGGUUGCUAAAAUUCUAAUAGUUCGCCUAAUUUCAGUUUGUGACAAAACAAGCAAGUGUAGUGUAGAGAAUCAUUGUACCAUCUAAACCGCUGUGAAAUCUAUUUUCCAUAACCAAAAAUAUUGUACACUGAACAAAAAUAUAAACGCAACAUGUAAAGUGUUGGUCCCAUGUUUCAAGAGCUGAAAUAAAAGAUCCCAGAAAUUUUCCAGAUGCACAAAAUGUGUAUUUCUGUCAAAUUUGGUGCACAAAUUUGGUUACAACCCUGUUAGUGAGCAUUUCUCCUUUGCCAAGAUAAUCCAUCCACCUGACAGGUGUGGCAUAUCAAGAAGCUGAUUGAACAGCAUGGUCGUUACACAGGUGCACCUUGUGCUGUGGUCAAUAAAAGGCUACUCUAAAAUGUGAAUUUUUUGUCACACAACACAAUGCCACAGAUGUCUCAAGUUUUGAGGGAGUGUGCAAUUGGCAUGAUGAGUUAAAGAAUGUACACCAGAGCUGUUGCCAGAGAAUAGAAUGUGCAUUUCGGUACCAUAAGCCGCCUCCAACGUCGUUUUAGAGAAUUUGGCAGUACCUCCAACCAGCCUCACAACCACAGACCACGUGUAUGGCGUCGGGUGGACGAGCGGUUUGCUGAUGUCAACGUUGUGAACAGAGAGCCCCAUGGUGGCAGUGAGGUUAUGGAAUGGGCAGGCAUAAGCUACAGACAACCAACACAAUUGCAUUUUAUCAAUGGCAAUUUGAAUGCACAGAGAUACCGUGACGAGAUCCUGAGGCCCAUUGUCGUGCCAUUCAUCCGCCACCAUCACCUCAUGUUUCAGCAUGAUAAUGCACGGCCCCAUGUCGCAAGGAUCUGUACACAAUUCCUGGAAGCUGAAAAUGUCCUAGUUCUUCCAUGGCCUCCAUACUCACCAGACAUGUCACCCAUUGAGCAUGUUUGGGAUGCUCUGGAUCAAUGUGUACGACAGCAUGUUCCAGUUCCCGCCAAUAUCCAGCAACUUUGCACAGCCAUUGAAAAGGAGUGGGACAACAUUCCACAGGCCAAAAUCAACAGCCUGAUCAACUCUAUGCGACGGAGAUGUGUCGCACUGCAUGAGGCGAAUGGUGGUCACGGACUGGUUUUCUAAUCCACGCCCCUAAUUUUUUUUUAAAGGUAUCUGUGACCAACAGAUGCAUAUCUGUAUUCCCAGUCAUGUGAAAUCCAUCGAUUAGGACCUAAUAAAAAUUUUUCAGUUGAUUGAUUUCCUUAUAUGAACUGUAACUGAGUCAAAUCUUUGAAAUUGUUGCAUGUUGCGUAUAUAUAUUUUUGUUCAGUACAUUUUCAGUUGUUUGAAGCUGGUGUACAAAACACAGUAAAAGUUGCAAAAAACAAAACUUAAGAAUGGGAAGCAUAGAAAUAGUGCACAUAGAACAGAUCUACCGCCCAAAAGUUACAUAUUGCAGCUUUAAUAGUAUUGUGUGUUUCUUUAGCAGCAGACCAGGGUUCACUCUGCUCCAUGUUGGACGUGGAGCAGGCCCAGCAGGCCAUGGAGCUGUCCCAUGAGCUGAGUCGGAGGGUGGCUGCGUCGGAGGCCGCCACCUUGGAGGCAGGGUAGGUGUACUGUGCCUUUGGGUGGGGCAGGCAGUUAAAGGAGCUUGACUUGGCAGAGAAGGGGAUUUAGUUAUUGAAGGUCUUACAUAUACGUAUGUUGAACACUACUUACUGACUGAAUGCCGAAACAUUGUUCAUCCUCCUCUAAAGGAAUAACUUAUAUUAUCAAAAUAUUAUAAUUAAAGGCCCAGUGCAGUCAAAAAUGUGAUUUUCCUCUCUCUCUGUGUGUGUGUAUUUAUUUAUUUUUUCAUACUGAGGUUGGCGUAAUAAUGUGAAAUUGUGAAAAUUAUGAUAAUGCCCUUCUAGUGUAAGAGCAAUUUGAAAGACUUCCUAAAAUGUCAGCCUGUUUUGGUAGGAUGGAGUUUUGGCCUGCCUGGUGACAUCACCAGGUGGUAAAUUAGUGUAUAAAAGCAUAUACCAUCAAAGACCGACAUAACAAAGAGGUCAAUUUCUAUAGACUGGUCUAUAGACUUGCAAAACUUAAAGAAGCCUGUCUCUAUCUCUAUAUAGGGAUGGCUCUCCUGCUCUGCUCACGGGCAAAGUCAUCCAACUGGAAGAGAUCCUCAGACAGCUUCAGUUCGACCUACAAAAGGUAAAGUCAACUCCCCGAAGCAUAUCGGUGACGUGUCCAGAGAACCACUUAGCAUGUAUAACAAUAAUAACAUGGUCAUUUAGCAGAUGACUUUUAUCCAAAGGGAUGUGCAGCUAACACAUUAAUCAGUAUACUACUAUGAUGUACUAGAAUGGUCUGUACAGUUAGCUGCUGUUCUAAAAUGUACGCUUCUCUGUUGGUGUAUUUUGUAAAUCAUACAACCCCAGCAGGCAAAACCAGUUGUCAUGUUCAGGUUGUAUACUGAUUGUAAAAGGACGUUUUGUCAGUCUUUUCAGCAACCAGAAAAAUGUAUUUAUCUGACCAGAUAAACAACCAGAAAAUGAUUGCUUUCCCAUGAUGUGUUGACAUUGUCAUAUAAUAUACAUCUUUACCUGGUUGUAACAGAGACCAGUUGGUUUUAAUCUGGUUAUAUUAUGUAUUAUCAUUCAGAAAACCAAUGUACAACCAGACAAUUAUGUCAUAAUGAAGCCAAAUGUUGUCCACUGUGCCAAAUGGUGAUCAUAUGUAUAGCCAAUGCCGUCAUGCCAGGUUGCGUAAUAAGCGAAGUGUGUGUGUUCCCUCUCCACAGGAGCAAGAGGACAAGGCCAUGUUGCAGGAGCAGGUCCAGCACUUGCGUCAGGACAACAUGCGUCUGCACGAGGAGAGCCAAAUGGCAGCCGCCCAGCUCAGGAGGUUCAGCGAAUGGUUCCUACACUCGGUCGACAACAAGAAGCCCUGAGCAAAAAAAAACACUGACACAUACACACACACUGCAACAUGGCCGUUAACUCCACAUUACCUGAGCCAGUGGCAUGUCAAGAGGGACGUAGUCUGAAGUGAUUCAAAGUGAAUAGCCAUCGCAUGAGAGCGAGAAGUUGCGAGUUAGCGUGCUAAUGCUAGUUGCAUUGUUUUGAAAGCAAAACAACAUUAAUUAGUGUAAAUAUCCAAGGGGCCGGGGGGAGGGUAAAGCGAUACAUUUAUAGAAGGUUAAGAUAAAGGGGAGGAAGGGAAGAAUGUAGCAGACCUCAUGUUUUUGGCUAUUUGCGGAGAGGAAGGAACAUGUGAAUUAAAAACAAAUGAAUGUAACUUAUGUGAAAUCUAUAUUAUUUUGCCGAAAAAGGCAAGCGUAAAACUUAUGAGUUCCCUCAGUAAACAACAAUUUAAAAAAAGUUCACCCAAAUAAAAUUACUAAACUUUACCUUGACAUUAAAUGCAUUAUAAAACAACCAGGAAAUAAUUAAGGUGUUACAAGGUUCUUGUAUAAAAAAAGCUAAUCUUUAGUAAGUUUUGUAAAGUACUCCACUGUUUUGAACAAAAAAAUAGAAAUUGUCCUAGCAAUAAAUAUGGUGAUAGUCACAAAACUGUUAUUAAUGGUUAGCACUGAUUGUGGUGUUGUCGAGACGUGUUUAUUUUGCAGGAACAAAAACGUGCCUGACUUUAACCAGUGGUGUAUGGAUACUGUAGUCUUUUCUGUUGUUGUAGUCCCUCAUCCUUUUCCAACCCCACGCCUUGUCCACUACUCUCACUAAUGAUGUCUACCAUGAUGUUAUUACCCUUUUUUUUUUGCCACAGAGAAAUGUAUUCUUAUGCAGUUGACCCUGAACUUGUAGGUACACAAGGUACCACCAAGUGUACGAAUUAUGUAUUUUCAAUGCCAAAAUGUGUUUGAUGGUCUUUGUACAGUACUUCAGAGAAAGUGUCUUGUAUUUAACACUCUUAUUUAAAUUUACCCUCCAAAUUGUUUAUUUUAAUAUUGAGUAUUUUGUUCCUUUCUGCACUAAAAAAGAUUAAUGGCUCCUUAUUGGCAAUAUCUGUAUAGUUGGCAAGAGAUAAGAUAUAAAUACUAUAUACAUAUAAAGGGUUAUUUCUGGGAAGUCCAACGUUUGGAUGCUGCUAGAAUACAGCCUGUUGUUUUGUAUGCCUUUCUUUCUUUGUAAGAUGUAUUGUUAAAGACGGGACAAAUGGUUUGCUUUUUUAAUAAAUGUAGGAUGUUGAAAAAACUAAA